UUUUUUAUUCACUUAAAGCGCCAGGAGGAUGUAUCACUAUGGGCUGCUGCACCGGGCAACUUAAUACCCGUGUGUGACUGUUAAUCUGCCAAAGUGCUCGACAGAGUUCAUCUCUCUGCGCCCAUUUUGUAAAUUAUACGAAGUUCUACAUGUUUUUAUUCAUAAGUAGAGAAAAUACUUAACUAUUGCUCCCUGUCUUUCUGCACUUCACUCCCAAACCACAGCUGAGCUGUCAUCACGUCGCUGCAAGGUGAGUGAUGUUUUUGUCUCUUAAAAGCAAUCAUGGGAUUUUCUGUUGAGCUGUUUAUUCAGACAAAUUUUGUUCUGCUUUAAAUUAACAAAUAUUUGCUCAAAUUUAAAUGCACCGUUUCUGUUAUUCUCACAUAUAUAUUUAAACGAGUGCAGGCUCAGAAACUAUGAACUUAACAAUUCUGCCUUUAAUUUAUAAAAAACAUGAACUGAGUUAAAACGUUUAAUAUAUGUUUUUAAAUCAAUGCUUAUCAAGUUGUUUUUGACCUCCUUAAUCUUAAUCCCAAUCAGACUAAUGACUCAUUCAGUGGUGACAGAGGCAACUUUCAUAAAUAGGAGUUAAUGAGAUUAACAACGUGUUUCAUGGCCUUAAUGGUUUUUUCACCUAGUUAUCAACAUCCUGACGUUUUAUCCCCCUUUUUUUGAAGAACACUGAUUUAUUUUAAACCUUAUUUCAACCUCAAUACACUAACAAACAUCAAAAUAAACUUCUAUCUUGUGUUAAGUUAUGUGGGGAAAAAAAGUUGUGUGCCAACACUGCAUGUCUAAUAUUUAGUAGUUCAGGUCCGGCCUCCACAAACACUUUGCAAUCACUAAAAUAGCAAGUGUGCUUUUUCUCAAAUACAUGUAUUCACUCUGCAUUGUCAAACCACAGGAAGUCUGUCAAGAACUUGUAAACUCAGCUGGUUCACUGCACGAGAGCCACAUAAGGACAGCCCUACCCAAGACACACAACAUGUGCUAAAAAUCAGUUAAACCUCCAAGUAUUUGUUGUUGAAGAAAGACCUCCAGUGUUUAUUCUUUCCCUUUAACUUCUGUCAAAACAUAGAGCACAUACCCACACAUUUUCACAGUGGAUUAUAUUAAAUUUUCGUGCCAAUGAUGCAUUUCUACACAUUUUAAUACUUUAAAAGCAAAUUUUGGUCAUUGCUAUUUCUCAGUCCACUGAUAACAAUCACUUAUUCUCAACACAUAUGACACACUUCUUGGUACGCGGAAAUGUUUGCAUGCUACAGUGAGCGAGUCAUAAACCCUCGUAUGCUGUUUCAUAGAAACUGCAUAGAUGGUUUAACCACACCGUGUGAUGGAAACAGUCUGACUGACGCAUUGCAUUUUUUUGCUCUUUUAUAAUCUUUCUUAAGUCCAUGCAAAGAAGGAGAUUUGCUCCCCUUUUCGCCAGCUUGUGACGACACAGGCUUGGAAGAUUAUUCUCCAGUUGCAACACUGCUGAUUAAAAGUGCCCUGUAUGUGCAGCAUUAGCACAGGGGUUACUAUUUCUCUGUAAUUGCUAUAGUGUGCUUCAUAGACUGCUGUUUGCUGUGCAUGAGGAGUCAAAGAUUGAUUGAGAGGCUGAAGCAUGCCGUUUGUUUCUGGUCAGAUUAUGCUGCUGCUUAAGGUUGUGUGUCUGCGAUCCAUUCCUGAGUGUGUGAUGAUGUGUGUCUGUUUGCAUGCUAAAUUAUACAGUGGCAGGUCACACAGCUCAACAAACCUCAUGUGACUUUUCUUAUUUGUACUGUACACAUUAGGUAACAGCCACACCACAACUUUGUUUCUGAUCUGUGAAAAUAUUCAGAAAGCAUGAACAUGUGAGUGAUUUUUUUUUUAGAUCAACGUUCAUACGCUGGUUUGUUUCCUCAGAUUGUGAUGUUCUGUGUUGCAGCAUUUUCAUAAUGUCCUACAUGAGCCUUUUAGAGAAAGUUGUAUGGCCCAUGUGACACCCUUUAAAGGGACAAUGACAAUCCAUUUUUGUUCAUUCAGGUUCUAAGGAGGUGUUUUAAUUCCAUCUGUUAUCAUUUGGAAGAUAAUGUUUUCAAAGCUUUGAGUGAAUCGCGUAAACGAUUGCCCCAAGUUGUUAAAAAUGAACAUGCUGACUUUCUUAAUAGUUGAGACAUCAUCAAAAGUGCAAACUUUCAGCUACAACAAAAACUUUCUUUGUGAACACAGGAAAUGAGAAAUUUACAUCAAAUUCUAGGUUAGCUGCUCGGGUUGUUUCAGAGUGACUAAUCUCUUAGUGGUUGGGAAACUUACAUGAAAACUUGCUGACUUGUCCAAAGAUAUGAAAACAGUUGAGAAACAGUCAAAAUUGAGAACACUGUAUUUGACAUGGUUAUAUGUAGAUUAUGUCUGUUGGUGAGCAGUGUCAAAUUAGUCCUCAGAUAGUGGCUUAAGUCAGCAGAGCUAGCACAGCCAGCCUUUGGUGCUCUUGCAUGUUAAAGUUCCCCUACCUGUGAAGUUCUAACACAACAUUAUAGUUAUAGUCAAGUGGUUAUGGUCACAGUCUGCACACAUUGUAGCAUUAUGGCAGAGGCUAUUAAGCAAAGCUGCAACCAUAGCUUGUGGUGAAUGGCUUGGAUACAGCUGGGUUCUACAUGACCUACUAAAGCAAAUAAGACUUUCAGUAAGAGGAGGUUUUGUUUAUCUCUAGUUGUUCAUGCAUGGACCCACAGGUCUCUGCUCCAGCAAGCCCCGCCCACAAACAGACGCUCCUGCUCGCUCGUAUCGUUCCAAUUCAAUUCCAAUAUAAUGCAGAUAAAUACUUCAGAUAAUUACAAAUGGAGCCCAGUCAGCAUGAAAGUAAAACGCAUUGGUGCUACUGUAGAUGCCAACAGACUACCAGCAAACACAAUGUUUGCAGGACUUCUACAACCAGGAUAAAGUGACAUAGUCCAGGACCCGAGGUCAACAGUUUAGCGGCGCUACAACACGCUACAGCAGGUCCGUUUUACAAAAAACACUUCUGUUACAGACACUUGGCUUAUUUUGUUAAAGCAGUUUACCUGUCCAGCAGAAAGGUUACAGGGUCCGUAAGAUCCCGAAGUGUCCCCCAUCAUUGUUGACCCGUCUUUUUGGCUAUUUUCCGGUCUACCUCCUUUUUAAACGCCCGUUAUCCCGCCAGAGUCUCUGGUAUUUACUUCGUUUUCUUGCUUGUGUUAAAUGUCAUAGCUAAAGGAGGAUUCAGGCAGUUUUCUGUACUUUCUGGUUUCUACUGUCCGAUAUUGUAGCACGCUAACUUUGUUUGGGCUCCUGAACGACAUGGGGGAGCAGCGUCUGCCUCACAACCAAUCAGGAUGGGGGAGGUGGAGAAUGGCUUUGUUUACAGUCAGAAAGAGCGGAGCACUCUGAAAUUUAAAAAUGUUGACUACACAGACAUAACAAAACACAGCGAUAUCAUUAUAUUCCCAAAUGUCACCAAUAACUAAUAGCUAUUGACUGAUAUUAAAAGCUUUUUUGUAUAUACACCACAAAAAAGAUGCUUAGUGAACAGAUUUCUGCCUACCUCACCUUUAAUGAGCCAAGUGAUUAGAGGAACUACUUUGUCAAAACCAACACAAACUAAAAGUUCCUCACAGGAGCUUUAAUGUUGAGAGAAAUUCGUAGACUUUAAAUGUUAAAACUUUCAAUUCAAGAUAAAUUCCAGCUCACCCUCUGUGCCUUCAAGGCCAUACAAUAGGCCCUGGAUCACUCUUUGGGAUUCACUGUAUGGAAGCAGAUUCCUAUACCACAGCUUCCAUGAGGUUUACAGUGGCUCCACCUACAUUCACAUCUGUGCUGUGUUUUAAUCUGGUCCAUCUUAAUCCUGCAUUUACUAUCAGUGUGCAAGGGUUCAUGUUUGAAGUAUGCAAAGAUCCCCCCAAAAAGCUGCAUUGACUCGUUUCAGCUUCUCUGGAUGGUUUAAUGUUUGCUUUUCAUCAUCAUUUGUCUCUGUUAACCUGAAAUAUUUUAUUGGGCCUUUGACAAAAUAGGACAUAUGAAGAAGCCAACUUUGUUUUUUGUGGAUAAAUGAUAUAGAUAUUGUAAAGGAAUAGUUUUAGCUCUUUAAACUGCCCUCACAUUAAAAUCACUGUAGUGAGAAGUGGUGGCAAAGUUGUUGUUAAAAAACACAAUUGCAGCAAAUAAUUGAAUUUGAAGACCCAAAGGCACCAAAUGUAAACACUGGCACAUCCCACCCCCUUACUGUUAUUUGUGUAAUGGUCCUUUAUUGAACAAAUAUCCCCUUUAACCCAGCAAAAGCAUCAAAGUGGUGCGUCUCCUCUCCACACUGUUUGCCCUGGGAGGUUUAGCUGCUCUUCCUUGUGCCCCAGCAGUAUCGUGCUCACUUCAGCUGCACACGGCUGAAAGUGGGUCUUUGACUUGCCUGAUAGCUUUUGACAGCUCACUCUCAUCCCCGGUGGAUCAAUGGAGCUCAGCGCGCUUCAUUAGAAACAUCAAUGUACCGCACAUUCCCACAGGCUCAGCACCAACCCGAGAGCUUGCUCUGAGAGGGAAGGUUUAUUUUGUUAUUCUCCAAAGAGCGGUCUUUACUUCUCUGUGAGACUCUGUUUUCUUCAGCUGGAGGACACUGUAGGAAUACCUUGUUUGCUUCUCAUGAACUGACACUGAAUACUAGCAACUUCAGGCACAGUACACCGCCUUCCAUGUGUUAUUUUCUCAGUUUAUCUAACAUGAAAUAAGAAAUAUUUCAAAACACAUCCACCUUGAUGAAGCUGCCUGCAGAGUCUGUAGAAAUUAUUCUAAAUUUUUUGCUGGUUCAUGUUUUUUAAUAGUUUUUCAAUUAGCAUGAUGGAAAUAGACACUUUUACUGGCUCCUAAUACAACAUAACAGUCACUUCAAUAUCCUGCUCAUCACCUGCAAAGCUCUUAAAAUCCGUCCCCCCAUCACUUACGCUCUCUCCAAUGUCACUCCCCCACUUAAUUUAUAAAGCACUUUUCAAAACAGAGUUACACUGCAAAAAAGAGGGGUCUAAAACAAGAUAAAAACACAAGAUCUGGGGGAAAAGGAACUAAAAACAAGUGAAAUUAUCUGUCCAUGCAGCAAGAUAAUUUCACUUGACAAGAUUUCUUGAAUUAAGAUUGUUAAAUCUAGAAAUAAGCAUGUCUACAAACGUAUGGAUGUUUGCUGGUUUUAAGAUCCGAUUACUUCAAAUUGAACCUUUACAGCCCCAAAAAUAAGUUAAAUAUACUAAAUAUAAACAUAAAAUAAGUAUAAAAUGCUGGUUUUAAGAUAAGUGAAAUGUAUUAAAUAUAAGUAUACUGUAAGAUAAGGAGAAAAUGCUGGUUUUAAGAUGAGAUAACUUAAAAAGUUACUCUUUUACAGCCUCAAAAUAAGUGAAAUAUAAUAAGUAAAAUAUAUUUCGUUUUCUUACUUUUAGCAAAUUAAGCUAAAGAUUAGUUAAACAAAUAACAGAAAUUUAGAGAAAAAAUGACCAGGCUCUUAAGACACGAGGAGAUCAGCAUGUCCAGUUAUCAUUAAAAUCUUAAAAUCAAUUCUAAAAUUAACUGAGAGCCAGAGGAAGGAGGCUAAACUAUGGGUGAUGUGCUUUCUCUUUUUUGAUUCAGCGAGAAGCUGUAGUUUAUGUAGGCUCUGCUGUGACAGGCAUAUGGAAUUACAGUAGCCUAGGUGGAGAUGAAGACAUGUAUGACUGUUUUAAGGCUGUUUUCUGGGAAGUGUAAAACUGAUUUUGGAAAGUCUUCUCAGCUUACUGAACUACUGAACUGACAUGCUUCCCCAGAUUGAGGUUGUUGUCAAAAAUGACUCCAGUAUUUUUGCCGCAUUUCGAAUGAUUUGCCAAGAGAGGCUCUCGAUGUUGAGUGAUGUGAGCGUGUGCGGAGUCAAGGCCAAUAAUGAUAAUCUCUGUCUUCAUGUUUAGCUGUUAACAGUUGCAGGCCGUCUAGUUUUAUAAUAUAGUUAACGAUUGAUGAAUUGUGAUCCAGGUUACUGCUAAAAGAGAGACAAAACUGGGUGUCAUCUGCAUAAAAAUGAAAAUCAAUGUCAUAUCUAAAGAUAACAGAUCCCUGAACUGAACCUUGAGGAACCCCUCAGGACAAACAGAUCUCAUCUGAACACAUCUUCAGAUACCAACAUUCAACAGGUCCAAGCAACACACCGCGGAGAGCCGAGCCUUUAGUCCUCAUUUAAAGGUAACCAGAUCCUAAGAAACUUCAGAUAAGAGUUGUACGGAGUGUACUUUAAUUCUUUAAGGGAUAAGCAGGAAACCAACACUUUUUAAAACAGAGAAAGGAAGUUCAUUUCAACUCUUUCGGGAUGAGUUUUUUUUUCCCCAUUAUGAUCAAACCAAACCUCAGGGCUUGUUAUGAAGCAGAUGGAAGAGUUAAAAAUUAAUUGGAGCGACCAAAUAUAACAAAAAAAGGCUUUUAGAUGUCUGUGCAACUAAAAAAUGCUGCCCCCAUAAACCUUUACAAUUCUGAUACAGACCAGAACAGAUAACCUCGAGUCCCAUCACCUGCUUUGUACUAAUCAGAGGUUCUGCCAGUCUGUGUAUAAAGUGUGGAGGUGUGGGAGGAUGAUUUAAACCCCUGAGCUUCAGUGCAUGGUGCUGACUCAUCGUCUAACUAGUAGAGACAGAGAGAUGAUCUAUCUCUGUGUCAUCUUGGGUUGUGGCAGUGUGUCCACUAAAGAGCUUCUUACUUUUGAUAUCUGUCUGGUUUUGUAUUGGGCUGUAGACUCUUGGCUUCUUUGUGUCCCCUUCCUCUUUUGUAUCAAAGUAUAAUUUAGUUAAAAAAAACAUUUGAGUUUAAGUCAGCUGCUUGGCAGUGAUGUUUUUGUUUAUUCUCUUGGGAUUUCAGUAGUAACCCUGUGGGGAAACCUUUAGAAUAGGGCUGGGUGAUAAACCGAAAAUUUACAGAAACGGAAAUUUAUGACAAUAACAGACGGCAUUUUGCACAUGUCAAUAUAUUCAGUGUCAAAAAAACUGAAUAGAUAAAAGUUGGUUUUGGAUGUGUGUAGGUAGGCUAUGUUUUCACGUCCCUUCCUAUAUCGGAGAUGUGACUCCACCCCAUCCAGUCAGUAACAAAGAGGGAAAGACAGGUGAGGAGAUGGAGGACGGUUCGAAAGUUGUAGCGGCUGAAGUAGACCAAGUUAAUGUGGGAGGGGCUGAGCAGCUUGUGGAGUAGUUAUCGUCCAUUUAUUGUUAUCGGAGUAAACUGCUCAAUAUAUUGUGAUAAUGAUUAAAGGCCAUAUCGCCCAGCCCUACUUUAGAAGCCUUCCUUGGUCCACAUUUGUGUCCUACUCUAUCUCCGCCUGACACCUUUCUCUCUCAGCAUGCAUGUAUUUUACCUACUGGAUGGAGGCCUGGGUGUAACGUCGGUGCUGUUGCACCAGUUUGAAGCAGUCAAAUGAAGCUGACGCUAUCAGCUCAACUGAAAUUAGAUCAGUUGGUGCCAAUUUAAUGGUGUAGAACAAACUGCUUCCAGGGAUCAUUAACUUAUUCAGGAGCUUCAUGUUGCAAACACAGGUAUUGAGUAUUUAACACACAAACUGUUCUCCUGAUGCUAAACAAAGUAACCACACGGUGCAUAUUUUUCCCAUGUCAGCUCUAAAAAUGUGGGUUCCCAAUGCACAUGUAGAAUAAAACUGAAAGUACAAUCAUGUUAUUCUGCUGCUCAGUGAAAUCAAAAAGUAACCCUCUUAUUUUAGGCUGUGUUUCUCUUCCUCAAGAAAAGCUGCUUAUUCAAAUAACAAGCAUUUUUCAUAAGCUUAUUCCUCUCGCUAAAAAUGAGCUCAUUGUUAUGAUUUAACCUUUGAGUACACUUGCAGUGUGUUUUCCUUCCAGUUUUCUAUAAAGAGCAGAAGUUAAUUAAAAAUAUGAUGCUUGCAAUAAUUCUUUGAAGAGUUUAAAAUGCCCUCUGAGCAAUCCUGCUCUACUUUGCCUAACUGGUCCGUCUGCUUGUUGAUUAUAUUCAAAUAAUGGAAGUGAGGAGUUGAACGUUGUAGGAGUGAGCUCUCUGAAGAAGUUUGCUUUGUACGUGUCGAUGCAGGCUGCAGGGUUCAUUGUAAACAACUGUGUUGCGUCAGCAGACGCUUGAAAUGAUGGCAUCACACAUAUAUGAAAUGUUGUUAUGUGCAACAAGAACACAAAAAGCACACAUCCACUGGAGACACUGGAGAGAGGAGCUGGUCACAGAGACUGCUGUCACCAUGAUAGUAGAGCGUCUGAGCCAAUGGCUGCUUCACUGUCAUCAUCUGUAUUUUGAUUGGCUCUCUGAUCGUUUAAACAGCUAAUCACUGAAUGAAUUCUGCCCAGAAUCACACACAAACACACGCACACGCAAUCACACAGACAUGCAGCCGUACACGCGUUCAUCCCGCCGUUACACUGGGAAACUCAGUGUGUGUUUCAGUGUCUCUCUGGUCUGAUCAUCAAUAAUUUAUGGCUCUGGGAGGAUGAAAGGCUGUUUUGGCUCCAGGCACGCGUCUCAUAUGGAGAGAGAGACAUCAGCACUCACAGUUAUAACCGUACAUUUAUAGACAAAGUGAAAGCUCCUUCACAUGGCUGUCCUCAGUAGAACCACUUUUCAGAGAGAGGACUAAUUUUAAGAUUAAUGUUUCAGUCUGUCACACGUCACAAAAAAUUAUUCUUUCCUGCUUUUUGUGGGUUUUCAAGUUGUUUUAAUUUUUUUUUUAUUCCGAAAAGAACUUUAGGAGCUUUUAUUACUGAUAUAAAGACAUCUCACCAUUUUAUCAGUACUAUACGAUAUAAUUUGAUAUGAUAAAAUAUCAUAUGUAAUAUGAUAUGAUAUGAUACGAUAUAAUAUGAUAUAAUAAAAUAUGAUAUGUUAUGGUAUGAUAUGAUACAAUACAAGACAAUACGAAAUGAUUAAAUAUGAUAUGGUAUGAUAUGAUACAAUACAAUAUAAUAUGAUAUGAUAAAAUAUGAUACGAUACAGUGUGAUACGAUACAAUAUGAUAUGAUAUAAUAUAAUAUGAUAAAAUUAUAAUAUGAUAAAAUAUGAUAUGAUACUAUACAAUACAAUACGACACGGUAUGAUAUGAUGUAAUAAAAUAUGAUACAAUACAAUACGAUAUGAUACAACAUGACAAGAUACAAUACAAUUUGUUUCUGGAUCCAUUACCCAUGAUCACUACAAUAUCAAUAUACAGUAUUUGAUAUUUGAUCGCUUCACAAGCAAUAAUUCUUUUUUCUGGUAUCUGAACACAGAACAAAAAUGCUGAGUACAGGAUUAAAGUCAUUGGCCUCUCCUUAAGAAGUUAUGAAGUGAUGUUGUAACUAACUUCAUCAGAAAAAUCUAUUCAAUGUGGUUUAUUUUCUUAAAUUAGAACUUUUUCUACUAUUUUCUGUCCCCCUUAUAAUAUUGCAUUUUGCCAGGAUGACGACAUACGUGUGUAUCAAUAUUUUCACCCACUUUAAUUGAUAUGGAAUACAUACAUUGUUUUCUGUGCUUUCAGUACAAACUUGAUACCAAUAAAGGGUCAAUAGGGGUGAACAAUAUUGCCAAAAAUUGUAUCUUGAUAUUUUGGUGGAUUUUGUUCAUAAGGAUAGAGGAUAAUCUGCAAUAUAUUGCGGCCCUAUAAAUGUAUUGAAGUCUUGCAUUGCACCAGAUUGAUCUUGUUGAUAGUUCAUGUGAAGUUGUUAAUGAUAUUAAUACAACAGUUAGUGUGAGAAAACCCAUCCCAUUUACCUACUUAGAAAUGAGUCAUUCUAGUUGAUUCCGUGCCACCAUGCCAUUUGCUGUCCCUCAUGUUAUAGGGCACUUGUUUGCAGAGGGUGUUUUUGUUUAGCUGGAACUUUAGUUGGUCGGUUGUGGUUGACCGCUGAAUGCUAAAGCUCUUCACCGUCUUUGUUUUCUAUGUGGUGGUUAAUUUGCAAAUGAGGAGGCAUGUAAGUUGUCAAGCUGCAGCUUAUGGUAACCACCUUCUCCUAGCGUACUGAGUCUGCAGACUGGCAUCAUUUGAGCAACAUCUAUCUUCUCAAAUGAAACUAUUUCCAUGUAAGUGAGGGGGAUCCAUGUCUGACAGCUGAACCCAUCGACUCUGAGUCUGGUGGUGUUUUGUGUCCGUUUCCUGGACCUGCUUUUUCACUCAUUUUUAACUUCAGCAACUUAAUGCAAGCAGCUUUUCUCAGUUGCCCAUGUUUUCUCAGUGCGUAUAUAUGCUCAGCAGUUUGUCCUAUUAGGCUUGAUCAGAUUCAGUGGAUGAGUGUGGACUCUCAAUGUGUGUAAACAAUAUGCAUCGAACCCCCCGAGGUGUACCAAAUAUCAACAAGUCUUUGUGAAAUUGUUGUGUGACUUUAACAGACAACAACAGAGCAGUGGUAGCAAAGAGUUUAAUGCAAAUCAGAGUUAGUAAAUGUCCACAGUCAAGGUUUUUUUCUCUAAUAUGUGUGAGAGACACUGGAGAUCAGCCAGGGUUUCAGUUUAGGUAUCAGGGAGGGAAAGUAUCGGAGGUGGGGCAUCUCUUACAUACACACUGUAUUUAUUAUAGUGUGGUUGUUUAUAAAAGCCACUUAAGCUUGUCUCACGGCUUAUUAUCUAACUGUAAUAUCACAGUGUAGCCCUUUAAUGCCUGACACCACAAAUUAUAGCAAGAAAAUUCAACUUUUUUGGAGCUGAAAUGUUUAUUUCACUGACUACUGAAAACCAAAAAAAUCUAAAUGUUUUUAAAAUUGAACAAAUAUAUUUAUUUGUCUUGGACAUUUUUGGAAAUUGAUAAACUACUAGAGGACAUUUUAAUUAUUCAUCAGACUGUAUUCACAUGUUUUUUUUAGUAAUUUGUUGAUCAUAUUGAUUUGAUAGAAGUAUAUAUAGGUAUGUAUUAAAUAUGAUGCAAAAGGCAUUAAAGGGUUAAAUGAAGUUUAAUUGAAUAUCAGAAUGUAGCUGAAUUGAAAGAAAAUAGAGGAAAUUUAUAGUUAUAGGUUUAAUCUAAAUGUGCACAGCCGAUGCAGGGAGAAUAAGCGCCUCACAGCUUCACUUUUCCAGGUAAGAGGAGUCAACACUGAGGGAAGUAGCUCUGGUCACUGACUCUUUCAUGAGGGAAGACCCUGAAUAUCUUAGUACUUGUGCUCCGAAUUCAGGCACUGAGGAAAGAGCGCGUUGUAAGUUGUUAAUAAUAUAUCGCCUUUUGAGACAAGGAUGUUAGUUUGGACUUUAUAGAAAGAAAAAAAAAUUAUCCGACUUGAUAUUUGAAGCUGCUUCAAGCACACCAAGCUUGUUGACUGUUUACCCCUUAAAAGCAAAAGGUUUGGAGUCAUCAAAGUUUCAGAUUGGAGUUUGUGAUCUUCGAAUCUGUUUCAGGUGUGGUCGAAUCUGUUUCUUGUCUGGUGUCUCCUGCUUUGCUUUAGCAUCGAUUUUUAGGAAAAUUUCAAGGCACUUCUGGGCUCCUUCGAAGAUCGACUGCUGUGCUACAACUCCCUUUACCUAUAAUGUAUGAUGUGGGUCCAUGAUGCAAUCCUCCACCUCACACAGCCUUACCUGACUGCAAGUCCGGACUUUAAAAUCUUGCUGAGCAGAGAAACCGCAGGAUGCAUGAGGAGUAAAGUAAUCAGGCACAUGAAGCACGUCUAUUUGAGGAGCUAAUAGCAGCUGACACAGAUCUGAAAUCAGGGCUUUUAACUUAUUUUUCCAUCGUUAAAUUCAACACACAGUAUGCAUCAUGUGGGGCAGCCUUAUCGCGCUCAUUUUCCUGUGAAGCCUUUAGUUAUACGCAUUGAUAUGUAAAUACAUUACAGCCUUUGUGCAUAUUUGUGUGUGUGUGUGUGUGUGUUUGUGGAUCAGGAUGGGAGAGCAUGCAAAAAGCUCUUUGAAGUUCCUCAUUCAACUCCUUACUCCUCUUCUCCAUGUCUCAUUGCUCUUUGAAGACCAUGUAGCCAUGAUUAUUAAAGACACCCUCGUUUCACUUCAAACGUAUGGAAUGAAUAUGGAUAUGAUACGACACCCAAGUUUCAGACAAAAACACCCUUCACUCCUCUAUCACCUCACAGCGUGGUGAAGCUCAACAGCCCGCCAAUCUCUAACAAUCUUAGCAGGAGCCCAAUUUCACCAUUCUUCAGCUACAUGAAAUUUGCAAUCUCUUCUGUUUUUAUUCAUAAAGCUCGCUGUACUCUUAGUUUCUGGCAUCGCUCCUGUGUUCUCUGUAUCAUCAUCCAAACUCGCUGCUUGUUCCAACCCCCAUCACACCGCCACCGUAUCAUUUAUUACAUGCUCAUUUGCAUUCAUCAUCUCUCUCUCUCUCACCCUGCCCUGCAGUGACAGGACUAAUUUCAAGGGUGUCAUGCAGCAGGUGGUUUGCAUGGAUGACUUCGUCCAAGAACUACAUAUUGUUGAUACUUUACACGACUGCCUUUUCCAAAGAACACCAUGUUUCUAUUCCUCCCUCGGAUCUCAUUGUGCCCUUGAAUACAUCAUGUGAUUUCACGCUACUUUGACAAAGUGAGAAGUUCCCCCCCACCCCUAAAAAAGGGUGUUACGCUUUUUUUUUCUCCUCUUAGAUGUGUGACCUUCACUGUGCUGAAUGAUGAUCUGUGUGCGGAGUUUGAGCUGUCAGAGCUGUCUUAAAGCUCCUGUAAGGAUUUUUUUUUGCUGGUUAUAAAACAGACUGAAUUUUAUACUGAUGUAUCUAUAUGCCCAACAAAGGCAGAGGAGACCAUUAGCGAGCAGAUAAAGUAUUUUGAUGUAGGCUUUUGAUGGACAUUUUUGAUGCCUUUAACUGUUACCACAAGUUAGGUGUAUGAAUGUUCAAGAUGAGUUUUCAUGAUUAGUAUAAAAUAAAUAUUUACCAAAGAACUUUGUAAGCCUUUAAAGUCCCACUCUGGUCGUCUUUUUUUUUUACUACUUUAAGUGUUCCCAGUGGUCUUUAAAUUGUUAAAGGGAUAUAACAACCGCACGUUAGCAAUACACAGCGGUCUACGUCUUCACGCGCAAACCUAACCAAAACGCCACUCUAUAGCCACAAAUAAUGCUCAGAACAGCACCAAACUUUAUCGACAGUACAUAUAGGGUCCCAGCCAUAAUACUAGCCACCAAACAUCUUUUUAACUUUGCCUAAUUUCUCUAGCAAAGAGACUAAACACAACUCACCUACUCUCUUUCAGCAGCCAUUUGUUUGUAGUGAGACCUCACUACAAAUUAAAUAAAUAUAAAUUAUGAAGUAUUUAUCCAAAAUCACAUUACCUGUGUCAUUUUUAAGGGCUUUUGUUCUGCAGAGCUCCAGUAGCUCAUUAGCAAUUUGCCUCUGAGUCGUGGGUGGAGACAGCGCUGCUCUGCACACGCGCUUGCUGCCUAACAUUGCCAGUGUAGUCGCAGAAGCAGGUAACAUAGGAGCUAUUCAGCUCUUGGACACUAAUGUCUUCGGGGACAUGAUGAAAGUUUAUAUCAUAAUUAGUUUUCUUAAUAGCAUUGCAAUCUGCUCACUCAUACGUUUGUUCUGCCGUUGUCCUCUCUAUUUUUCCGAGUGUGGCCUCCGGGAGCAGAGCUUGGAAUUGUGAUGUAUGAAAUCCAACUGUUUCUGGGUCUGCCAGAGAUUCACAGCGAUUUUAAUGCAGAAAUACUUAGAAAUGCGAUGUCGCACUUAUUUUUCUCAUGAUAUGUCCUGCAACAAGAAAAACUGGAUUUUUAUCGGAGUGGGUUUGUAGGUAAUUUUAAUUCCUUUUACUGUGAUGAAUGAUCUCGUUUUACCUACAAAUGGAUUCUCAUACCAAUUUUAUGGAAAAGAUUAUCAUGGCUUCCUAGAAACUGUGAGGUCAAAUGUAAAAAAAUAGACAUGCACUUUGGAUAAUGUUUGACUAAAACAUGCUAAACCACCAGAGGGGCCUUUAAUCUCUGAAAUUCAGCAGCCUCUCUCAGGAUGCAUCAUAUCCAUGAAACAUUUAAUAUUCAAAGCACUUAAAGACAUCCUGCAAAUCCAGAUAUGAUUUGGACGAGUGUAAUAUUCUCAGCUUCAGUGCUGGCAGUCGUUCAGUCCAUGUGCUAACUACAGUAUGUGGUUAAUGUCUGAUGACCAGUCUGCUCUAUGUGUGAAUCAAUAGUGUGAUCGAUAAGCUGGGCUGUUGGUUGCUUUGUAUGAUCAGCAGCACACGUAUCAUCUCUCUCUCUCUCUCUCUCUCUCUCUCUCUCUCUCUCAGUUUAUUUGCAUGGAUGGGUGAUAGCCAGCUGACGCCCCGUCUUCAUCUCUGCUGCUCCCUCUGUGUGUUUUUUUAUAUCUCUCGGGCAAAAUGCUGCUGUAUGCAAGGAGGUCAGCAGGGGUUCAGUGAGUGGAGGCCGGAUCAUUUCUCCUCAUAGGAUUAACUCUGUGUGUGUCUGUGUGUCUGUCUGUGUGUGUGUCUGUGUAUGAAAGAGAUUGUGAGUGAUUUCAUGCUGGGGAGCUGCUAGCCUGUGUUAAAUGUAGUGGUUAUCUGCCCCACCUUUUUCUCUGAACACCCUUAUGUUUUUAUUUUAAUCUUUAUUGGGCCAGAGAGUGUAGCACUUCUGUGUGUAAGUUUCACUUUUUUAUGAUACUUUUAUUUUUUGUUUUUGUUUUUCAGACACAUUGAUGGACACGCAUGGACGUGACUCCAGAGUGAGCCAGUGACCGCACUGACACUUAAAAACGCCCUCUCUUCAGACCACGGUGAGUCUCCCUCUCUCUCUCUCUUUCUUUUGCAUGCAUGCACAAAUGUUUACUCUUCGUUUCUUCUGCCCUUCCUGCUCACAAACUCACAGCUGCAGAAAACACACCAAAGCAAACAGCAGCGCUCGCUCAGGUCUCCGUUUUUCCUCCUCUGUCGUUUUAACAUUUUUUCAAACCCUCUGUAUCCGUGUUGUUGAUACGACAACAUAAACCCUGUGCCCCCCAGCCCACUGGCACACACACACGGCCCUUGCUGUGGCAGGGAGCCUGUGUCUGGUCUGACACCAUAUGGGCCUCUCUGUAUGUUUGGGUUUUAUGACGCCAGUGCCCUCUACAUCGCCAUCUGACCCGCAAAUAGAAACACAGCCAGGGCUUAUUUUCCAUUGCUGGAUCCUCAUUCAUUAUGAUUAUAGUCCAAGGAGAUGCUAAACCAGUUUCUCUGUAAAUACUGCAAUUAGAAUUGAUUAUAGGAUUUCCACUGCCACGUAAAUUUCAAGGGAUAAUCCGGUGUAAAAUUAAGUUAGGGUCAUACACGCUGCAACACUGAGUCAGGCCCCCUGAGAUGAAUAUUGCCGACCACUUGCUUCUCUAGUUAUACCAACUUUAGUAAUGACCGCACAUUAGCGAUAUAAAGAGCCACGCGCUCAACCAAAAAUCCAAUCUAUAGCCACAAAUAAUGCUCAGAACAGCACCUAACUUCAUCAACAGUACAUAAAGGGUCCCAGCCAUAGUACUAGCCAUCAAACAUCUUUUUAACUUUGUCUAAUUUCUUUAGCAAAGAGACUAAACACAGCUCAUCCACUCUCUUCCAGCAGCGGCUUGUUUGUACGGAGACCUCAGGAUGAGUCCAUUGACUGCAGCGGGGGGAUGCAGCUCAAGGAAGAACAUUUAUGGUCAUUACUUUAUCAUUUCCUUGAAGUAACAAUCAUCAUAUUAAUCAUUUUGCUCUGCAGACGCUGUAGUUCCUCUGCCUUAGCAUCUCGGUCUGAUUACACUUCCAUGAAGAAUUGAUCAUAAAUGUUCUUCCUUGAGCUGUGUCACCCCACUGUAGUCCGUAUUGGACUGGCCUGAGGUUUCGCUACUAACAAGAGGCUGCUGGAGGAGAGUGGGUGAGUUGUGUUUAGUCUCUUGCUAAAGAAAUCAGGCAAAGUUAAGAAGAUGUUUGGUGGCUGGGACCCUGUAUGUACUGUUGAUGAAGUUAGGUCAGAUCUGAGCAUUAUUUGUGGCCAUAGAGUGGCGUUUUGGUUGAGGUUGGUGCAUGGAGAUGUAGACCGCUGUGUAUUGCUAUCGUGUGGUCAUUACUAAAGUUGGUUUAACUAGAGAAGCAAGCAGUUGGCAACAUUCAUCUCUUGAGGGGGUGUCUAACUCUGUGUUGCGGUGUGUUUGACCCUAACUUGAUUUUACGCCGGAAUAUCCCUUUAAAUCUCACGUCCUACUAGGGGAAAGGCAGACCCUUUUCAAGACUUAUCCUGUAUGCAAGCAGACUGAGCUUUCACCCUAAGUAUGCAUCGCCCCAACUUCAUAUAAUUCAGUGAAGGACUCUAACCCGGCUUUAACAGCCUAAUUUGCAAAUGAUGUGAUAAAUCCUACUGUGCAUGUAAAAGACACCUGCACCUGCAGUAAUGAUGCACAACCAAACUUCGGUUUUCCCCCAAACAUUAGGUAACAGAUAAAAUCCCACAGUAGCACCACACAUCAGCAGUUUAUCCUAUUUAGCACGUUGUUUUGAGCAGCCAGAAGAUACAGGAAGAGGAACACAGGUGUGCAGCAGUAUCACAAGAGCUCUUCCUGUCUCAGCAGAGAAACGAAUUCACGGACAGGUUGCAGGAACAGGCACCGCUGGGUAUGUGUUCAGCCUUUCUUUAAAACCCCUCUCUGUAUGAUGCAAUUCUUUCCUGCCCAUCUAAGCAGUAAAUCACAUAUUACUGAAGUCAUGCAGCAGGAUUGUUUUAAGCCAAACAACUGCUCCUCUCUGCUCCGAGGCUCGACUUUGCAGUAAUUAAAGUUCUUCACAGAGCUGCAGAAAGAGAAACAAACAGCUCAGAACCACUUACUAUGUUUGAAUGCUGGUGAACGCAGCACAAACACACUGUGUUGACAACUUUUUUAGCCACAGCAAAUGGUGAGACUGAGAGGAUGUGACCCAAACUGUGGUUGAACCUCAGAGUGAAUGUAUGCAGCUUCCUGCUUGCUCGCUUUCUCGCCUUUUGCCUCUGUCCCUCCUCAGAUAAGUGCUGCUUCACUUAAGAGAGAUAUUGAGCACCUGGCCACCAAGAUUAAAGAACAAGCCGAGCUCAUCGAUGUUUGAUCACUUUUAAUUUUCUUUGAACAAAGUCCCAGAGGCAUUUAUUAUAAAUUUGAUAAGAUUAGAUCAGAUUAAACUCUUCUGUCUGCUGUUUCUGAGAUCGGUCUUUCAUCACAAACCGAUUCAAGUUUAGCGCCAUCGGACUGACGCCGUUAGAUGCCAUAGGUGAAGCUUCAUGUCUUCACAUGGUGUCUACAAAUUAGCUCAUGUAGCAUAUGGAGAUGUACACCUCAGAGCACCGACCGUUCAUACAUUAAACAUAAGUCUACAAAGUCCAGUGACUCAAAUGUCACAGUAAAGGUCAACUGCAUGAGAAGAGAGGGAGUUUGAUAAUGCAAAAAAUGAGAGAAAAGCAUCUGCACACCACAAGACUCAGUGUUGAACCAUCCUCAAACUUUUCAGCAUUUGAUUUAACACUGCAUGAUGUGUGUUUCCGUAGCAAAUUUGCUUUUUUUAAUCAGAAAAACAGCGACAUACAUGUUUCAGAACAGUGCACUCUGAGUGAGGAGGUAAAAAGAAAAGCUGUUACUUUACUGACGCUUACAUUUCUGCUUUUGUUUGACAGGACAGUUAAAAGAGAGAGGAUAUGUGUGAAAUAGCAAGCAGUGAGUGGGGCAGCAACAAAGAGUUUAGGCCAGAUGUCUGACAGUAGUCUCUCUACACGGGAUGCACACCUUAACCGCUAAGUCAAACCGCCCAGUCAAAGUGUCUCUCAAAAAGAAAAAGAAAAUUCUUGCACGAGACUCACACCUUCUGCAUCACUUACAGACGCUUGUUAGCCAGUCUGAGUAAACUUUUGUUACUAAUCGGCAUUUCGAAGAAUCUUAGAUUUAGCACAAUUGGUCAAACACAGAGUCCGCAGGCAAACAAUGUCAAAUAUGAGCAGAGCGAGCAUCACAAACCGAAACAUGAACAUAUGUAUGCAGGACUUAGGCGACAUUUUUUUAGUUUCCCAGUUUCUACCAACAUCAAACUAAUCUUAACAAAGGAAUUAAGCCAACUGUACUUAUUUCAGUGAUUUAAGUGUAGAGAUAGCAUUAAAUGGCUCCCUAGUCUCAGAUAUUUACUUCCCCCCUUUGCUGUAUCUUGAAGUACCUUGCAGAGAGCUUCCUGCCCACAUCAGUAAGCCAUAGCCAGGAAGGCAGCUCAAUCAUAUGCUGGUACAGGCGGAUUUCACUGGAAAUCUCUGUGGCCGUGGGGGUCACAGAUUCAUUCCUGUGCUUUAAUAACAGUGGGAUUACCAAGGUUCAGCCAGCUAACCCUGCCCUCACAUACGUUGCCUUCACAGGACUCUCAGCUUCAUCCUCUCCUCCACCUCUCAGCUUCUCCACGUCUUACUUUCCCAUCCUGACUUUCUGCACUAUUUGCACUUUUUUUUGGUGAAUUUGUGGCGUUUAAACUUUUCUUUUCUCUUUAAUCGUGUUAAUUAGAAUUCCUCUCUGCGUUUUUACCUCCUCUGUGAUUACAUGCUUUGUGUCUUUUUACAUUUUCAGGGUUGUCUCACUCGUUUACCGCCUCUCUUCUUGUCACCCAGACUGAUACGGGUUGGGUCUUACUGUGACUGAAACACUGUUGCUAGGUGCCCAGGGAUGUUCCCCUUUCCAUGUGUGUGUACGUGUGGGGGUGGGCUGGUGCAUUUUCUGCGUGAGGCUGUAUCGCUAUGUGUCUGGCAGAAAGUUGGAUGUUCUCUUAUGUAAGCAGGUCUUGGCGGGGUAGAGCAGGGGUUUAGCUCGGGGAUGCUGGCUCAGGUGGAGAGACGGAGACAGAUGCUAUUUUGGGUUUAGUGCGCUCCUCCAAACAUCCUCCAAACGCAUGAGUUAUUCACUCACACGUGUCUCCGAGCUCUAACAGGAUGAAAGAGACAAUGGCAAAGUUGUUUACUGGGGCCUUUAUAAAUAUUUGCAGUGAAAUCUCACACUCCUCCUUGUCUGUCUACUCUUGUAUAAUAUAAUUGGCAGCUUCAUUAAUUCACAAGUAUUUGCAGUGGCAGUCGGUAACUUCUGUUUUGCGCUGAAACGUAAUUCAGGACAUGAAAGAAUACUUAAAGUUGAAUCAUCACUUAAACCUGAGGCUUUAACGGCUUAAUGUGUGCAAACUGGUGUUAUUUGUGAAGUUCGGCUGAUACUUUAUUUUCCUUUCCUCUUGUUUGUUGGCACCCAUGAUCUAAUUUUUGGUCAGUAGUCAAGUAUUUUUCCUUUUCCGUUUGAUCUCUUGUUUAUGUGAAUGCGCUGUGUUGUUUCCUCAUAAAUCCAGAAACUAUCAAACAAAAUAUCAGAGUACAAAUGAAGCACGCACAGCAGAAAAAAACAGCAUAGUAAAGAAAAUGAUCAUAAAAUAAAAACUUAAUUAAACUUAACAUAAAAUAUCAUUGCUUGUAGGGGUUGUCCACAAAUGCAGCUUACUCACAGCGCAGAAGAGACUAUACAACUAUCUUCAAAACACAUGGAGACCUGACCUUUACCUCAUGUUAUCCCUAUCCUCACAUUGACCGCAGAGCACAAACAGCUAGAAUCACAUCUGGAGUCCAGCGCCUCUUAUUAAAGGAAAAUGAAGCCAGUGCAGGAGAUGCAAGAAAAAAUGGUUAAGGAACUUAACUAAACUAAGCCUAGCUUCACUAAACUUGACUUGACUAAACUGAACUUAACCUGAAUUAACUUCCCUAUAUUAAACUUAACCUACUUGGCUUAACUUAACUUUGUUAUACUAAACUUAACCUGAUUCAACUUAACUUAACCUAAAUCAAUUUCACCAAAUUAAACUUAACAUACUUAGCCUAACUUAACUUAACUUAACUAAACUUAACUUGAUUUAACUUAAUUUAACUUAACCUGAAUCAACUUCACUAAACUUAACCUACUUAGCUUAACUUAACUUUACUUAACUAAACUUAACCCAAUUUAGCUUAACUUAACCUGGAUCAACUUCACUUAACCAACUUAGCUUAACUUAACUUUAUUUAACUAAACUUAACCUGAUUCAACUUAUCUUAACUUAACCUGUAUCAAUUUCAAUUAAUCAAACUAAACCUACUUGGCUUAACUUAACUUUGUUUUACUAAACUUAACCUGAUUCAACUUAACUUGACUUAACCUGAAUCAACUUCACUUAACUAAACCUAACCUACUUAGCUUAACUUCACUCAACUUAACUUAACAUUUCUCAUGUGUCCUCUUGAGGCUGGCUCCAAAAGCCCACAAAUCUCCAUUCACACUCAUGUUGAAAUGCUCUUUUUUUUUUUUUUACGAAUUUAUCACCCCCACUUCACUGCCACGUUUUUGCCGUUCUUAUAUUGACAGAAAGUUGUCAGAGUCAGUAUUUCCUUCACAGCAACCAUCACUGUUUGGCUUGAAAACCCUCAUAUUAGGAACUAGUGGGUGAUGUCAUUCAAGACUCAUCCAUAUUUUAUACAGACUAUUGGAUCACUGUAUAUCUAUGUCUGUGCUCACCAUAGAUUACAUGCAUUUUUUAAUUUUUCCAUUCAUGUUGAUGUUUUAAUUUAUCAUGUGAACAGUUUAAUAAUUUGUUUGCUGUUUGCUCUUAUUUCCAGUCUUUGUGAAACCCUCUGCUGACAGGCUGUAAGCUGUAGAAUAAUUUUGAAUGCACAGACAUGCAUGUGGUACCAGUUUUGUGAUGCAGUUUUGUGUAUUGGUUCAGCAUUUUGCCCAUCCAGCUGUCAAAAACCUGAAGAUAUCAGGUUUUCAGAGAUGUGAGGAAAAAAGCAGAAAAUCCUCACUUUGAAUGCUGGAAAAAAGAAAAUUAAAUUGAACUAGCAGGAAGAGAAAACUGAGAAUAUAUGUGAUGUCGUCAUAUUUGUGGCUGAUUUGCUCAGAUUAACUCAGACUUUCAUUUUUAUCACUAAAAUGAUUCAUGUUCUCUGUAAAAUCUGCACUCAGCAUUAUACCAUUGUUCUCUGAGACAGCCUCUCUAAUCUCCAUCUUUCUCUCUGUCUCUCCGUCUUUUUCUCUGCUGCUUCAGAUCAUGGCACUGCCUUGGCUCCAGCAUCACCUGCCCUAUCCUAACCCGACCAGUAUCACCAGUGUCCACCAUCAGCAGACUUCCAGCGGAGCUCUCUGAACAGGACUGCGUGGAGAGUCAUGCUGUCUGGUACUUGGCGGCGUUCUGUGGGAUCCCAGCAGUCUGCAGCAGCGCCCGCGAUGACCCCCAGGGGGGUGACGGUGUGCGGGGUUCCCAGUGGCACUGUGGUCCUGGAGGCCCAGUAUGACUACAACUACCGCGGGGCUGACGGACGGCAAGUCUGCAUCAGGGAAGGGGAGCGGUUUGUGCUCCUGAAGAAGACCAACAGUGACUGGUGGCAGGUGAGGGAACAGCUUAUCUUCUGUUUUUCUUGUAUCAGAAAUUAAAUCACAUCAUCCAGGUGAUAUUUUAUGACAGAAAAGCUAUCAAGACCAACAAGAGCAUGCCGCAAUCCUUUUGACCCCCAGCCCCAAUUUGUGGCUAUCAGCCUCAAACACAUUUGUUCCUCCUGAGGACAUAAAUCUUUCAAACGCAAGCAUGAAUACAAGCUUUCAAUUUUAUUUAAAAAAAAAAUCCUAAAACAGUUUGGGACUGUUCUUUUCAUCAAAAAUUACUCAGGAGUAAAUAUUGCAUUAGCUGGGGACUAUUUUCAGCUGCAGAGUUAAUGCUCGAGGGAGCACUCCCAGGACUUUGAUGGUGUAUGUUGAUUCAACCUAAAUAAACUGCAGUGCUGACAUUCAGUAUUAAUGAAACUGGUGAAGGAUGUUUUGCAGCCAUGUGGCUCAUCAUCAGGGUUAUUUCUUAUCUGUUUUUCUGGCAGCAGUAAAGAGACAUGUACUAAACUGUAUCAAGCUUCUACGACAGAAGACAUUUUUGUCGUAAUGAUUAAUUCAUCGUUGAUUUAAACAGUUUCAUGUGAGUUUUCAAAGGACAAAUUCAAAACGCCAAAGCAGAUAGCAGAGUGGUGAUCAAAUUCUCAGUGAACAGUCCACCAAACAGCCGGAAAGAGGAGCAAAAUGGAUGAACUCUUCCACGAACUACAUUGAUUUUAACCUAAUAUACGAGACUAACCUUCUGGUGUUCAGUGAAUAAAGUGUAUAAAUAAGAAAGGGCAAAGUAUUUAUAUAAUUAAAGUAUUUUCAACAACAGAUUCAAACAUGAAAACUCUCUCAACUCCAUUAUUGCUCGGCAGUUAAGAAAUGAAUCGUCUCUUGUCUUGCUGUCUUGGUCUCUGGUUAAGAUCAGAUCACUUUACUCACUGUUUCUGUUCUUUUAAAAUGUCUCUAUAGUAAAGGGACCAGUAUUUUUUUUUUAUAAACAAUAUUUUUUUUAGUUCAGAUUGACAUAAGUACCCUCAACAAAACAACAACAAAGCUGUGUGCAUCUGUGUGUGUGCGCGUGUGAGUGCUGUAUGUGUUGGAUAGAGGGUGGGUGGGGUUUGGUAUUUGUAUUUUUAUUUAUUUUAUUUCAUUGUUUUUAAUAUCCUGCUUGAAUGGACAGCACUUUGUGCUAUAUUCUAUGUAUGAAAAGUGCUUUAAAAAUAAAGUUUGAUUGAUUGAUUGAAAGCUAAAUGUAAAACUUUCUAAAAUAAUAACCUCAACCUAAAGUCCUGGUUAAAAAUUAAACUAAUGGAGCGUACAACUUUUAAAUCUAUUCUGAUGUGCACAGCUUUGUCCAACUUUAUCAAGGGUUUGUCUGUGUUGGGGUUGCAAAUAUGCUGAUGAGGAUUUAAACUAAACUGACUAAAUUAAAAUUAGCUUCACUCAAUUUAACUUAACUAAACUCAACUUAACUUUAAACUAAACCUAACUUCAUUUUAAACUAAACUAAACUUAACAGAUCUUUGCUUACUCAGCUUAACUUUAAACUCAGAUUAACUCAAUUUUAGACUAAACUCAACUGAAAUGAUCAUUGCUCACUCAAUUUAACUCAACUCCACUUAAAUAAACUAAACUAAACCAAAAAAACCAUACAUGCAAUUUAAAUACAGACUUAAGUUUAUGUUUAAAUCAUAUGGUUGAUAUUUUUUUCCCUUCCAGUUUUUAAAUACAAAAAAAAGGUUUAUAAUCACAGAAAAGUACUUCCUGCCUCAAAGCCGUCUUGCUGAAUUUACACUUUGUGUCCAUUUAUAAUGUCCACAUUUGAUAAAUGAAAAUAAAUACUACAUUAUUAACAGUAUGGUAAUCUCGAACUACUUCAAUAUUACUGUAACUAUAUUUAAUCUCACUCAUCAACAAUAAGAAAAAAACUCAACAACCAGAUCUUUGUCACGUCAAAAUGAUCCAAAUGUUUUUAUCCUUUAUUAAAAAAAUGAUCCUUCAGUCUCCAGUGAAAUCAGUGAAUCUGUGUUUAACGGAGGAGCUGUGGGUUUACAAAUAAACUACAGAGUAACACAUGUCUGCCUCAGGCCUCAGCUGGGUUGUGUGUUGUCGGCUGAGUGAGCUUCAUGGGCGAAUGUGAUAGAAAGCAGCAAAAGCAUAUGUCGAAUCUGUUCGCUCUUCUACAGGUGCGGCGGAUCGGGGCGGCCAGUAAAACAAAGCCGCUGUACGUCCCCGCUACAUAUGUGACAGAGGUGCCCAUCGCCCCAAUGCCCUCGCAGCAGCGCCUUGUCAUGUCCACCUCUCUGAACUCCAACCUCAGGGUCAUGCCAGGGGUGUCGCUCAGUCCCAGUCCAACAGGGACCAACUACAGUGAGCAGCAUCAGGGUAAGGACUGGGAAGAGGAUGGAGAAGUUGUUUGAGAGAGUUAAACAAGACUUUCCAGAUGCAUAGUCGAUGUUUUGGAUACAUACCUGCCCUGAAGGUAACUUUAUUUUAAUCUGAGUAUUAUCUUCCCCCCACAGUGAACAAACCUUUGUACCGCUCCAUGGAAAACCUCAACUCCCACAGUGCCUUCCAGGGGCCGAACAACAACACCAACGCAGGUGGAGGCCGCUUCCCCACCCUGCCUCUCUCUGGAUUCAGCUUUACCCCCAACUCUUCCAGCUCUCCCUCUGGACACCUCACGGUCCCCGGGUCCCCUGCUGUCCCACCAUCAGACACGGCACAGAGGAACCCCAGGGUGGUGCCCAUGAUAACUCGCAGUCAGAGCUCCAGCAACCUGCCGGAGAACAUGACGGAGAACACGUACGAUGAGGUGGGCGGAGGACUCGGCACUCGCAUGAACCACAGGGUGCCCAAGAAGUCCUGCAGCCAGUGGGACAUGGUGGGAGGGUCCAGAAAGAACAACCACCUGCAGGUAGGACAUGAAAAAGGACAGCGUCUACUGUCUGUAAUAACAGUUGCUGAAGUUGGAGAUAAAAUAAUCGGCACAGUGGUGUAGUGGUUAGCACUGUCGCUUCACAGCAAGAGGGUUCUGGGUUUGAAUCCAGGUCAGGGUGUUUCUGUGUGGAGUUUGCAUGUUCUCCCUGUGUCUGCGUGGGUUUACUCUGGGUACUCUGGUUUCUUCCCACAUCCGAAAAACAUGCAGAAGUGGGGUUAGGUUAAUAGACCACUUUCAAUGUACCCGUAGGUGCGAAUGUGGAUGGUUGUUCGUCUCUAUCUGUCAGCCCUGCGAUGAACUAGCGACUUGUCCAGGGUGUCCCCAGACUUCGCCCGAGGAUGCUGGGAUAGGCUCGACUUCAUAUUUUAAUAGUUAUCAAACUUAAAUAAGUAAAAGAGGAUGAUUUUUUUUCCUCAUGAUAACCAGCAGUAAGUAAUUUGAAGGAAGAACUGAAUCAAAACCACUUUUUUUCUUUACUACCUCGUGCUUUCCCUGAUCUUUACUUGUGUGAGAACCGAUCAGAGAAUAAAUGAGAAGAGGUAAAAACCGAAUCCGCGUCAUGUUGCUGUUUUUGGAACGAGGGAUUUUACUUCCGCUUGUUGACAAAAUCUCUAAAGUGAAGGAUUUACGGGUCAUAUCCCCAACAUGAUCAUAAACAGCUUGUAGUUUUUGGCUUUGCGGCUACACAGGGUGACAGAUAAAAUUAAAAAAUUGGGUUAAUCAUAGAUUUUAUGACAGAUCUUGGCUGAAUUACUCAGAUUGUUUGAUUUAAUUCCAUCAGGGAAGGAUUAGGUGGAAGUGGAAACAAGUAAUUCUUCUGAUAGUAAUAUUGAUUAAACGGAGGGAUGUUGUAUUUGAUCUAUGUCUGUACUUGACCCUAAUAAUCCCCCCCCAAAGCAGCAAUCAGGAUAGCACUGUAAUGACGUCAGAGCCUCCCUGUAUUACAUCAGAGAGGAUUAAAGAAGAAAACUGAAGGUUAUCCGUCUGUCAGGCCGGGGAAGUCUCCCUCAGCUGAGGAUCUAAAUCUCUCCAAAAAAGGACUUUUGCUGAACUGUGCAUGCAAAGAUUACUCCCAACUAUGAGUAACCAGGAUCUCAGCAGAAAUGACAGCGCUCUUUUUUUUUUUCCCUGUGUCUCGUUCUGUCGUCCUCGCUGUCUGUCUCGGUAUCUGCCCCUGAUUCCCUCUCUCUGAGGACCGUCUUUGUGUGAGACUUUAAUACCAGUGAGCAGGAUUAUUGCAGCCACAUUCAGGUCAAAACUCUCUGAUUUUCAUUAUGCCGCUCUCUCUCACAGCUCAGUUCUGCAGACUGGUUUAUAAAGCGCUGCAACAAAGUCGUCAAUGAUAAACGGAGUUUAAGUAUUUCUCAUCCAUCUGAAUUCAAGACAUAAAACUGACUGAAUUACUGUCUUUUUAAAAAACUUAUAAAACUGCACGAUAUUUAUGAGCAAAUAAGAGAGGAGUGUCUCCUUUCCAAAAAUAUGUUGCUCCAUCAAUAAUAACAGCUAUACCUCUUUAUCGAUUAACUGUGUAUUUUGGGGCUGUCUUUUAGAGGUGGGCAGUAGAUAAAAUAGGAAACUGGAAUAAGAGAGAGGCGUCAUGGGGUAAGAGGCCAAAGGUUGGAAUCUAACCCAGGCCACCCACCUCGAGGAUUACAGCCUGAGUGUAAUUCAGCUGCCGGGCAAAAUUGGCAAGACCACAUCAUCAGCUGUCAGCUCAAAUUCUGCAAAACUGUGUCAAAAAGAUGAGAUUGAAAAGCUCAGACAGUGUCAGCUGAUUUAAUAAAAACUUGGGCUGUUGCAGAGUUGAAGUCGAUCACCUCUUGACCACGUCCUCCAUUCUGGUGUAGUUAGCGAGCCUUAUUAAAGAUCCAUGAGAGAUAUUAGAGGUGGGUUUUGCCAAAGUAAGAUGCGUAUUGCAUUCUUUUACCAAAAAAAAGGACUUUUGUUUGUUUUGCAGACAUUUUUUUUCUUCUUUUUGUUUUUCUGACUAUUUUUUUCUUUUGUUUUUUGUACUAAAAUUUUUCCCCUCUUUCUGUUUUUAGACUAUGGAAGCAUGUUGCAUUCACAAAAAAAACCUCUAUUUUGUAGAGCAUUUUUUUUUCUUUUCUGUUUUUCUUACAAUUUUUUUUUUCUUUUCUGAUUUUUGGACUAUUUUUUUUCUCUAACUAAGCAAGAUACUUCAAAAUCCUGCUCCAAAUCAGCGGAUUCUCCAGCUCUUAGAUAACUUCGUCUACGGGGUCAAUGAGAGUAAACAUGUUAUGAGUUAAACAUAGGUUAUGCAAAUCCUGCGGUGCCUGCGCAAAGUAGACAAACUUAUGACAACUCCAUCUAUCUGACUGAAAGAAAGGAGUAUCUCCCAGAGUCUCAAACCCUAAAGGAAGUAAAACUUGAUUAAACUAAACAAAAGGGUCAUGUUUGCUCCCAAUAAAUCAACCAGAGGGGGAUGAAAGCAUCUGUUUUUAAAUGAUCACGAUCCCAGAGAAAAGGAAAAACAGUUUGUGAAGUUUAGCCGCAGCCCGUAUACUGAGGCACAUAAAUAAGCAUUGUUUGUGUGAGGAAAGAAAAGCAUUGUGUGUGUGUUUGUUUGUGUGUGUGUGUGUGCGUGCGUGCGUGCGUGCGUGCGUGCGUGCGUGCGUGUGUGUGUUAUGAUGAUUAUGAUGUAAUUAAAUCUAAUGAAGUACAAAGAGAACACAGCUGGUCCAAGAGUUGAUCUUUGUGGUACACCAUGUGUUGUCCUUGCAGUCAAAUAGUUGAAUGAACCAAUAGAUGCAGAGUGUCUGUUUGACAAGUAGGAGGAAAACCAGUUCAAGAGGUGCACACCCAGGCCUUAUCUGCAUUGAUGGUGUCCAACUUCUUCAAGAUUGAAUCAGUUCAAACUUUUAUUUUGCUGCAAAAUUAAAUAUAGUAUGAAAGGGGACGUGUGUGUCAGAUGGUGGCCAUAUUUAGCUGGAAAGAGGAAGAGAAGGAGAGUGAUGCAGUACAAUACAAGUUCCUCAAUGUACCAAAAUGGGUACAAGCUCUUAUAUUGUACUAAGACAAACCAUUUUAGUGUUUUUCAUCAGUUGGUAUUUAUAACAAAAACAGAGAACUGUUUGACACAGCACUGUCUGGUUCUCAUACUCCAGCUGAACAGAUAAAACUCUGAGUUCCUCGUGUUGCUGUGUGGAGUGAAACCACUUUUGAAUCCACACUUGAUUACAUCUUCAGACAGAGCUCAAAGUGUCUGACAUAUAAAGAUCACUACUGCAGUCAACAGCUACUGGAGUCACCACUGUCGAAGAAUCUGCUGAUGCUCACGUACACAAACCAACACACACAAAAACACAGGAAACGGUUGUGAACCAGAGUUUUUUUGUACUUCAUGGUAUGGUAUUCGCCAUUUUAAUAAUAGACCCAUCACACAGCAGAUCCUCUGACUUGCAGCUGCAGGAAAGGCGUAACUAAUAAUAUUACUGAUGGCUUCAUUACAUUUCAGUGCGCAAGUAAACUGUGUCAGAGAGCGAGGAGAAGCUACUCUUAAUGUUAUUUAUAACACCUGUAAUUAUUUCAAUAUCUGCUGUUUCUGUUUGCACACAGCAAUUAUGUGUUUUAAAAGCAUGUUUAGUUUCAAUCAUGACCUCAUUUGACCAUAUUGACAUACAUUUGGUUUGAACCACUAACAUGAACAGCAGGAAACAGCAGCAGAGAGAACUUUAGGUGAGCUCAAAACCGCCUCCUGGAGUCGACUACACCCUUUUUUUUUACACAGGAACACAUGAACACACACAUGCAUGCAUACGCUCCAUGUUCCCUCAGUCAUUAUGUGAAAUGACUGUGUGUUAUGUAACAGGGAUCAACCAGCUAGCUGGUCAAUCAGCGAGUGAAUUAUGUCUCAGCUAUAUUUCGUAGAAAGAUGAUCUGGCAUGUGUUUUUUAUCAUUCAUUUCAUUGGAUUUGUCAGUGUCCUCUCUUCUGUCUGAAGAUUUAUUCCUCUCUCUCUCUCUCUCUCGGAGUGAGCAUGUCCGUUUCCAUAAGCUCUGACUUAAUCCACAGUCUGACGGGUUAUUCUAUAGUGAGAGGCGGAGGGAUUUAUUUUUUUUGCUUUGUGAUUUCUGUCUCUACUUUGAGUCAAGACGCUGCUGUCAGACCCUCGUUUGUCUAUCUGAGCAUACACAGACUCUUGUUGAAGCUUACUGGGACUGUAAACUGCUGUAUGAUAUCUACAGAGCGCAAAACAGUAGCAUAUAUUCAGCCUUAUACGCAGGGACAAAAGUGCAUCGAUAGCAAUACACAGCGGUCUUAGGAGCCAUAAACAAACCUCAACCAAAAAGUCACUCUAUAGAAACAAAUAAUGCUCAGAACAGCACCUAACUUCAUCAACAGUAGGAAUAGGGUCUCAGUCAUAGUACGAGCCACCAAACAUCUUUUUAACUUUGCCUGAUUUCUUUAGCAAAGAGACCAAACACAACUCACCUACUCUCACCCAGCAGCCGUUUGUUUGUAGUGAGACCUAUUACAGACUGCAGUGGGGUGCCACAGCUCAAGGAAUAACAUUUAUGAUCAUUUCUUCAUGGAAAUGCAAUCAGACUGAGACGCUAAGGCAGAAGAACAACCGUGUCUGCAGUGCAAAAUGAUUAAUGUGGUGAUUAUUACUAAAAGGAAAUGAUAAAAUAAUGAUCCUAAAUGUUCUUCCUUGAGCUGCGUCACCCUGCUGCAGUCGAUGGACUUGCCCGGAGGUCUCCGUACAAACAAACAGCUGCUGGGAGAGAGUGGGUGAGUUGUGUUUAGUCUCUUUGCUGAAGAAUCAGGCAAAGCUAAAAAGAUGUUUGGUGGCGAGUACUAUGGCUGUGACCCUAUAUGUACUGUUGAUGAAGUUAGGUGCUGUUCUGAGCAUUAUUUGUGGCUACAGAGUGGCGUUUUGGUUGAGGUUUGUUUAUGGCUCCUCAGACCGCUGUGUUUUGCUAUCGUGCGGUUGUUACUAAAGUUGGUAUAACUAGAGAAGCAAACAGUCGGCAAUAUUCAUCUCUCGAGGGGACGUCUAACUCAGUGUUACAGUAUAUUUGACUCUAAAUUAGUCUUACAACGGAAUAUCCCUUUAAGGUUUCAUCAAUGCAUAAGCGAAACUGUCUCCUUUGUCAAAACAAACGUCUUGUAAACCGCCUCACAACUCUUCUCAAAGGUCAGCCUUGAAUCUGUAAUUGUGCCAAAAUAUUUAUAGCUUUCCACACCUUCAGCAGCCUGGUUUUUAAUGGUCGUUGGCGUGUCAUUUGAAACAUGGCUUCUGUGGUCUUUCACCAUCUCCUCUGUCUUAGAGAUAAAAUGCCCCAAGUAAGAUUUAUCACACUAGGUGACAAAUUUAACAACACCAUGGCUGGACUUAUCACCAUGCAUCAAACUCACAUUGACUGAAAGUCUCUUCUCUGUUUUUUCUCCUCUUCUGUACCUCUCUGCAUCUCUGCCUCUAAGGUCCCCACAGAGUCCUAUCUGUCCCAGCUGACCUGGCAGGACUCCCCCCUCUACACUGAGACGCAGCCAGAGAAGCGUCUGUCACAGCAGGAGCCUCCCUUCCCCGGCUCUGGUCAGCAGCCUGUUCAGCUUCUGGACCUGUGGGAGCAGUACUCAGACCCGUCCACAGGGAGAAGCUACUACGUCAACACCGUCACCAAGGAGAGGUCCUGGAAACCCCCUCGUCGGGCACGUGGACAAACCCCCAACAAGGUUAAGCCUUUAACAAUGUCUCUGUUCAUUCAUAACUUCUCAGUGUUUUUUUCUCUCACAGGGGAAAAGGGUCAGGAGUCUGAUCAUUAAUAUGCUCACUAAGUUUGACUGUUUCAGCAUAAAAAGGCACCUUUCAGCCUGAAAACUUCACAGACCCUAAAGAAGAGCACCUGGCUCACAUAUUUCUCUUUGCUCAGAUAUAAAGUGAUGCAAAGAAGGCUGCAAACACAGCGAUCACAGGACAGCUGGAAGGUGAAGUGUAGUGGACGUGGGGAGACUCAUCUAUGGACUUCAAAUAUUUUCAUUUUGCCACAGGGUCACAUUGAACUUUACACCUGGUGAAUAUUACAUAGUGAGUGGGCAAUUCAUAUGGACAACCUGUUAAAACGAAAACUGGAUGUCAUGACAGAUCCCUAAAAGUGAAACCAAAAGACUCAGAGCUCCCCUUACUGGCAGGUAGCAGUAAAAGUCUCACAGCUACCCCAUGUAAACAGAUGGGGUAUGGGUCAAUCUUUCAAAUUAAAGUGCACAUUAAAAAAAAAAUUUUCAAAGAUACAUUUUCAGUAUUAUGGUCAGUGUUAAUCAUUUUAAAAAAAAGCUGAUGCUAAUAAUUAGCAGGCAAUAUAUAAUGCAGAUAUCACAGUAAUGUUAUGUUUUUUUGUUAUUUUGCAUUCAAUAAAAUAUAACAAAUAUAAUAUAAUAUGAUAUUUAAUAUACACCCAUUAUUCCAAGCACAUAACAAUCUAAUAAACAUGUUUAUUUGAUCUAGCAACACGUUUUUAUGUAUUUCUAUGGAUUCAUAGAAUAACAGACACAUCACAUUGGGUUAUGCUACAGGUUUCAGAACAUGACUGAGAUUUAUGUCAGAAUUAACACUUAAAUGUAUUACUUUAUACAGCAUAACAAAACUCAUACUAAACUCUAGCUGGUAACCACAUUUUUAAGCUUAUUCUGCAACACUGGAGCUGAUAAAUAUAGCAAUGAAACAAGGUAACCAAGACGAUCCACAACCUGCAAUAUAGUGCUUUCCUUAAAUAGCAUACCAUUGAUGAACUUAUAGUAUGUUCAGUGUUAUUAAGAGUAUAAAAAAAGGAAACACUCUUCUUUACGAUGUGUAUAUUUUCUCUUUUUUUGUCUGUCACAGGGCAGUGCAUUACAAUCCCAGGCGUUACACAGGGAAACCAACCAUCUGUCACUUCCACUUUCUGAAGCUGGCAAUGGAGCGAUGCACAGGGUAACUAAAUACUCCUUCACCUUUAUAGAUAGAGAAUGUUUAGAUUCAGUCAUGUUCAGUCUACCUGAUGAUGUUUGUCAUUUUUUUGUCAUAUAGCAGCUGAAUUUAUACUUACCUUACACACACUGAUGCACGUUUCAUACUUGCUGCAGAAACAUAUGUAGGAUUCUUGACUAAUUAUUCCAGGUGAGGUGUGUUCAGGGUUCCUAUACAAGUAUGGAAAGAUGGAAGUAAAUGUGAUCAGUUUCCAGGUCUUAAAUAGUAUGUAAAAUGAAAAAUAAAGUGUGAAAAAUAUUUAUGUUUCUAGACUAUUACUAGUGUUGUGUCGUUUCACGAACGAUUCCUUCAAAAGAACCGAAUCUUUUAAGUGACCGUACUGAACCGAAUCACUUCCUCGAGUGAUUCGUUUUUCUCACUUAAGUUGAGCUGAAGUGAGAAACAGCAUUGCCAGAUGAAUGAAGGACCACAUGCAUCAACACCUGAAUCACUUGGUGAACGAAUCACGCAUUGAACUACACUCUCUGGAAUCAUUUUUGUCGGACAAAACUACCUUUUUUCACGUCUAAAUUGUCACUACAACAACUUGCAUUCAACAGGACACAGCAUGUAACAAGUAGUGCAUUAAACCCGCAGCAUCCUAUCAUUGCAGCGGUUUGCGGUAAACAAGUUCAUUUUUACAAACCUGUUUGCCAAAGCAACACAGACACAACAUUCUCGUCUCCUGGUCCAAGAAGCUAUGAUCUGAACUGAAUCCUGAACUGUUCAGCUGUGUAUUAGUUCAGGAGGUCGGAGUCGCAGCUUCUCCUGCCAAGUGCUAAAUGAUUUGGUGAUCUGGUGAACAAAUCUUUUGAACGAAUCUUUUUAGUGAACUGAUUCUAGUGAUUCGGUACAUCUAAAAGAACUCCCGUGCCCACCACUAAGUAUUACCACAAUUCUAAAAUACUGUUUUCUAGAAUAGAGAAGUAGGUAUUUCCAAUAUAGUUUAAAAGAUUAGGGUAUGGUAAAGAAUGGAAAUUUCUACUGUGUAGGAACCCUGUGUGUUUCCUUAUACUGCUAUCACUGUUGUUUUUCCUCCUCAUACCUCCACUCAUUUCUGCACGUACACACAGAGAACAAAACUGUGCUCAGUAUUAAAACCCAAGGAAAUGCUGAGCGAGGCCAAAUUAAAAAGGAGGAUUAUGUCUUUUAAAGUUUCCUGACUGACUCGCUGCCUCAUUUAUUUAUUUAUCUACCACCUCCUGACGCACACUUCCUCUCAGAUGUUGUUUGUGGGGACUAAUCCCAGAAGUAGAUAUCAAGGCUACGCCUCCUGAUCUGAUGCAGAUGAGUUGAAGCCAUUAAGAGCCACACAGGGGGAAACAGAGAAGUGAUUUUAAAUCCAAAAACAUUUCUCUAAAUUAAACCACUCACUGAGGCGGAAAUCAGCGGCUGACAUCAUAGAUGUCGUCACAGAAAAUCUCCCCCUGUUUCAUUCAUUUCACCUUUUUUGAAUACACCACAAAAGAGGAAGUACAUCUGUUAUUUCCGGAUUUGGGAAUUUAUAAAACAGACUUGAAUUGACCUGUUCACUAAAUCGGUGACGACAGUGACUCUUUAAAGCGACGCAGGCUGCGUGAUCCAGAUUGUUUGAGAUAAGCAUUUUGCAUCUCAGGGUUGUGUUGCCUCAGUGUUGCGUCAGUGUUUCAAAUUUAAUGUUGCUCAUCAAAAAAAUACCCCGAUGAUCAAAGCAGUGAUUCCCCCGUCAAGUCAGCUCCAGAUGCAUUCUGCUGACCUAUAUGUGUCACUAUUUAUUCUCUGAAACAUGUUUUACCCAACAGGAACUUCAGCUCUGAUUUAUAAUGCAAACUGCACGCCACAAUUAAUGACCCAGGUGUUCAAACCUGAGCGACCUAUUUUACCUGUGAACUCAGUGCAGUCUGCACCUCAGAGUCUUUAUUUUUGAGCUUGGGUUUGCAUCAUUGAAUAUGUUCAUUCAUUCAGAUGAUAUACUGAGUUAUUUAUAUGUGAUUAUUUUUACAAUUAAAGGAUGUAAUAUCCACCUGAAAGGUUUUAUUUUUUAUAGUCAGGAAACAAUUAAAUCUUGUUGGUUAAACACUCUUGUGGAUCACUUUCUGAUAUUGAUGUUUUUUUAAUAUCUUGUGAUGAUAAACUGUUAGAAAUGGUGAUAGGUAUUUUUCAGUUUUCCCCCAAAUAGCAAAUCAGUGAAUCAAGAUAAUAUUCUGCAGAUUGAGCACUACUGGUUAAGACGCUGACACAUAAAAGUGGGUGCAUAAGAACGACUUAAUGUUGAUCUCUCUCUGUAAAAUUAAGUUUAAUGAUAAACCUACAGUUUACAUUAACAGAGCAACAAAUUCAUACAUACAGUGCUCAGUAUAAAUGAGAACACCCCUUCAGAGCUGUCAGAAAACCUUUAGUUUCCUUUCAAAAUCAACAUUAUUUAUGUCAGACUAAACGACAAAAUACUCCCCUAAUGUUGGCAAUUGAUUGCAAACAAGAUUUUUUAAGUUGCAUACAAAAAGAUUUUUUUUUGUUAAAUUUUAGCUACCAUAUUACCCUUAUUUUCACCUUAUGGUAAAUAAAAUGUUAAACUCAGCUUUGUCAAAACUUUGGAAAUUGUACUUUCCCUCAUUAAGAUAUUGAGUAAUUCAUUACUUUUAAUAGAGGGUGUACUGACUUAUGCUGGCGCUGUAUGCACAAAGUGUGUUCAUUGACUAUAAUAAUAAUCAUAAUGAUUUAUAUAGCAUAACCCCGAAGUUACAAAGUGUUUUAUAACAACAUCUAGAUGAAAACAAUGAGCACCAAGAAAGAAAGAGAUAAAACAGGACAGUGGUCGUCUUAAAAUUUAGCAGACAAUAACAUCUCAAAGUUAGGAAAGGUGGACUCUAGUCAUGAUUGAAAACAAACCAGAACAACAAACAUGGACCGAGUCAAACAUAACAGAAAGCUGGUUUUACAAGUUUUUAAACAAGAUUCAGCACAUUUAGUGGAAUUAUAGUAAAUUCCAUUGUCUAGGAGUAAAAGAGCAUUCACCUUUACUUUAACUAAUCAUGGGUAAUAUCUCUAUUAGGUCCUUGUUGAUUGACCUGAGAGGUCGUGGGGUCGUGUAGGAGGUUAAAGGCUUAGAAAUAUUAGCAGGCUAAUCUGUCUAAUGCUUUAAAAGUAUUUCAAAGAGUCUUAAAAUCAGUUCCAAAUUUAAUUAGCAGUCAGUAUAGUGGUGCUAAAGCUGGAGGGAUGUGGUGUCUGUGAUUAGUCCUGGUUUAAAGUCCUGCUGCAUCUCCAACAAAUGUAAGUUUUGUUGGUGCAGAUCACAAAUCAAGCUAAGAGAAGAAUGAACACAUGAAUGAUCCAAUCGAAGCCUAAAUCAGAUUAAAACGGUCAUAUUGAAUCAUGAAGAUUUACAAGUUAAUUUUACUCAUAAGUGACCCUCUUUUUUUGUGGAUUUAAGCCUUUCAUCUAGCAGAAUUGGUGAAGCUCAUGUUUGAAUUUCUGUCAGAUGAAUAUGACGAUCAUAAUUUAUCUCCUACUUCCCUGCACACUGGUUUCCAAACACCCUGUAAAGCAGGUUUUUGAAGGUGUUAAGUCUGACUCAUGUUGGUGGGAGGUGUGGAUUUAGUUGGACCUUUAGGUGGUAGAUUAUAGGUUCAUGCGGUUGAUAAAAUACACUUGAAGUGAGAAAUUAUAAAAAAAAAAAAAAAAUGUCAAUAUCAACUUUAACUGUUGCGUACCCGACAGUGAAAUGAUGGACAUAAUCAUGAUAAUUUGUCGUUUUCUUUCUUUAUGACUGACACUAAAAUGAUGUAACGAGUAAAAUAAAAAUGAAUUUAGCUGGAAAAAGAAAAAAGAAAAAACAGGAACUCAUCUGUCUGAAGAUUCACAUGCGAUUUAUCAGUGAUAAGAGAGGGAGAAGUGAGGCUUUUCUUGUGUUGUUAUGGCAACCAAGCUCGACUCUAACAGUGUCAGCUUCAAACCGAACAUCAUAGGUAGAGUGUGAAAUAUCAAAAGUGACUGCAAACAACAGCCUGUAUUCUAAAUGUAACUAUAAUACAGCUUAUAAUGGGAUUUUGACAGUAAGUAAUUUCAGUUUUUGUGCUUAUUAUCGAACAGUUUUGUCCUGAACCUGAACCUUUAAGUGUCCUCAGAGCCCUUCCUGUUGAAAUGAAGCAUCCCUGCACUCUUGGGCGGUGGUUAAUACGGCGGCGUUUGUGAUGUUCUGGUGUGACUGUUCUUAGCGUCUCUGUAUGAGAGUGAUGGUAGCUGCUGAUAAAGACAGAGCUUCCCCCUAAAAUGGGGAAGUAACCACAGGCCGAGAGAGGAGGGGGAGAUAAAUGGUUUUUACACUCUGACGCUCAGUUGAAAGGUGUCAUGGCAUGAAACAACAGCUGCAGAGGACUCAGACUUGAUAAGAAAAACAAGGGUUGAUCUCUGCUGUGCGUUUGGGUCGAUCUGUUAUAAUGAGCACCACUGCAGUAAGUUCAUUUUGAUUCCUUCCAGCUAUAUUUUUACUCUGUAGAGUUGAUUCUGUUUGAAUUUCUGUUAUUUUGCUGUCUGAAAUGCAGUUUGUUGAAUUGGCUUUUCUUUUUUAAGAUGUUUGGAUAUGUCUUACUUAAAUCAAAAUCUAAAUGCUAGCAGGUUUGAGUCAAACAAAUACUACGCAGUGUGUGUUUCCUUCUUACUGAUCAACGGCACAAACCGCCUCUCACUGACUCGAGUUGAUUAAAGUGCGUCUGAGUCUGUGUACGGCUCUGUGUGUGUGCUGUGAGCGUUUUGAGCUGGCAGGAUGUGAGCAGAGCAGAGGAGUUUCAGCGUUUGUGUUUGCGUUAACUGAUCUUAACUGAAAACUUUUGUCUGCAUCCUGUUUUUACACGUGGGUGUGAGAUUGACCCACAUUGCUGCCAUUUUGGGUCAAAUUGUCAGUUGCUCAUAUGGCGACAGCUGGCAAAAACAGACAGAUGGCGUGAAACUGACACACACUUAUAUUCACACUCUGACUUUUUUUGCACGUCACUUAAACACAAACUAAGUAUGCGUUGUAUUUACCAUUAAACGAAGGAUAAAUAGCUCGUUUUAAUCGGUUUCUGCUCAUUUUCAUCCAUUUUCUUCUUCUUCUUUCCCUGCAGCUGUCGCCCGAUUUCCUCUUUGGGAGCCACCAGAGGAAUAAUGGCACUGACUGGCAGAUGAAUCAGGUGACACUCUAUCUGCUGCAGGAAAUUGAUGUAUUUCACCUUAACUUUUACUUGAUAAACUUAUUUCACAAUAUGAAGAAGAAGUUGUGUUAAUUUUCUAACACAACAGGAUGCUUUUUCUUAGUCAUAAAGCUCUAGUGAGGAAGUUAAACCAUUUUAACCAGAUCAAUCUACAGUCAGACUGCACAUAAUCGUCUAUAAAAGACUUCUUCUUCUCGUAAAAGCGUCUAGCUGACACCUCUUUUAUUCCUGUUUGCUUUCCUGACUUAGAAGGCAACCCUAAGUGUUUUAUCAGCGCUUUAAGGCCUUUUGAUGAAGGGUAUUUUCCUCAUGAAAAUCAAUGAACCCCAGUCAUUAGAUUUGCAAAAACUGCACCUCCACUGUAUUACUGUAGAAUACAUUAAAGUAAUGCCAGCUAGGCUCUUUAUAUUCUCAGAGAUCAGCAUUUAUGCAUAUGAAGGUGGUGAAAUAGCAACUCAUGGUGUUAAAAGAAAAGGCUGUUACCCAAGCAGUUCUGACUGCAACAUGUUGCAUCACAGAGGGGUGUGGGUGCGUUUGCUUUAAAGCCCCUUUAAAGGCCUCCUCUUUGCAAAGGAGCAGAUUGAGCUCUUAGUGCUAAUCCUCAGUGCAAGAAAAGAUGGCAAACAUUGGGAGGGAUAUUUAGUCUGAUUGUUGAAACUAGGUUACAGGGAUUGGGAGAGGAACUUCGAUAUGACUGCUGCUGCUGCUGCUGCAUGAAAAGUUGUGUUUGCAUGCGAUUGAGCACAUCUCUGUGUGUAAAUGCAUCACUUUGCAAGCAUAAAUACAAAUGCAGAGUUGCAUUUCUGACACUUUGCACAUCAGCUCUUCCUCUCCAUGAGCAUAACUCUCCAGGAAACUGCACUUUUUAUCUGACAGCAUGAGAUGUGCAGUCACUCACGCAGAGUGCCGGGAACUCAUGAAGAAAAAUUAUAAUAGAGCAACUCCAGCUUGAUUCAUGGUUGAUCUGUUAGAGCAGAAGUGGGUUUUUCAGCUGCCAUUGUGUGAUAGGAGAUCAGUCUGCGCCUGAGUUGUGACAUUUAAUACAUGCAUGCAAGCUCAUGUUUCCCAACUCUUGCUGACUAAAGUGAGACAAACGAAGCUUUUAUCACAACACAGAUGUAAUAGUUUAACACAAUAAAUCACAUUUUAAAGGAGUGUGUGCAGAUUUUAGCAGUAAUGAGCCAAACAGACAUGAUGGAAAACAGGAAUGUAUAUCCCUUUAAUGCCAGACACCACAAAUUAUGACCAGAAAAUUAAAAAAAUUUUGAAGCUGAAAUGUUUUUUUCACUUAUUACUGAAAACUGAAAAAAUCAAAAUUUCCUUAAAAUUUACCAAAUAUAUUUAUUUAUCUUGUUUGAUACGUUAAAUGUUUCUGGGAACUAAUAAACUACAAAAGGACAUUUUUUUGAUUUAUCAGACUGUAUUCAGGUGUUUUUUAGUAAUUUGUUGAUCGUAUUGAUUUGAUAGAAGUAUAUAAAAGUAUGUAUCAAAUAUGAUACAAAAGGCAUUAAAGGGAUAAUAUUCAUGCGUACAUUUAAAUGAGUUCAUAAUCACCUGAAUAUAAAGUGUUUUUUAUAUCUACAUAAAGAGCAGGUCCAUCUUUUUACUAUAUUUGGCACCACAGACCACGAGUAAGACCCACAUGUGUUUUUGUACACCUGCUUAUUUCUAUCAAAUUUAAGGUUAACACUGUUACGCAUCAAGAAAUAUGCAGGAAUGCAUGUUGAAAAAUGUCCAAUUAGUGUCAAAAUAGUGACAGUUGAGCAGUAUUUGCUCUCUGCAGGAGUUUCAGUUUUGGUGCUUUUCUCGACCAGGUUGUGUAUGCAUGAACCUAUUGUUCGCUGUUGCAGUAAUACACAAAGUAUAUGCUGUUUGACUUAUCGACAAAGCAUUCUGGGAUUUUUUUAAGUGAAAUGUGCCGUUUAAAAGGUCGUCGUUAUUUCACAUCAGCAGCAAUCAGAGCAGCUCUGAUUUAUCAGCGGUACUAAAAGGAGAAAAUAGCAUGUGGUUUUAAAAACGAUGACAGUCCUCCUAUAAGCUGAAGUGAAACAAACCAGGCUAAAAGAUUAGCAAUGUUUCUCAAUUUAUAAUCAGAAAGGGAAACAUUCAAAUAGCAAAUAGAAAUGAAAACUGCAAUAAAAAGUAGUAUUACCUGUUGUACUUUCACACAGUGUUAGUGUAUGAAAACAGGAUUAUUUCACACCUUCAUCAUAGUUUGCAUUAGUUAAGAUUAAAGCUCAACAGAGCCACAAACAAUCGCUCCUGGAGGAAAUGAAUGAUCUGUAUGUUUAAUGUUUAAAGCUCCUGUGAGGAAUUUUUCAAAUGGACUAAAAUUCAUAAAGAUGCCUUUUUAUAAUAAACAAAAGGAAAUAUGGACAUCAGGAACAGGAUUGGCUAUUUGUAUAUUGUAAUUUUUAGUAUCUGAAGCAGGUGUGAGGGGGUAGGUGUCAGCCAAGCAGCAGGAGAAAAAGCCCUGUUUUUUUUUUUUUUUUUUUUUUUAACAAAAACAAAAAAAAAACACCUUUUAAGCAUGUAGAGGAAAAAAUAGUCAAAUACUGUUUUCGUCCACUGGGGGCACCUGAGUCGACACAAAACCAAAGUUCCUUAGUGGGGCUUUAAAAAGGGCCAAACAUUAUUUCUUCUCCUCCUCACUGCUACUUGUUUUUGAUACAAUGAGCAAAUUCUGCUUAACGUGCUGCUGAGAUCAUUUAAUGUAGCUUGACACAAAAUAUACAAUGUGAUAAAAGUAAGAGCGUAAAACAGCUCAUCAGCUUUUAAUGAGCAUCACAAAGAGCAUGACAGUGAUUGUCCCUUUACCUUUUCUGCUCCACCUUUCACCAUCUACCUUACCAUUUGCCCCUGACCUUUGACCCCUGCGAAGAGCAUGCAGCGUGCUGUCUCCUCUGACACCCUGAGCACGGCGGCGUUCAGCACCAGCAGCACCCAGUCACAUAACUCUGUCUCCAUGCAUGACGCCAUGCAGCAGCUCAGCCACUCGCAGUCUAUGAUCCUUCCUGAGAACGGCAAGGUAUUCACCUCCACAGCACAGACAUGCAAGGCCAAUAACUGUGUGGAUGUGCUCAGAGACACUCAGAGAGAAGAGAGUCAAGACACUGGAAAUAUGCACAAAUACACUGUGCAGAUACAGGCUAAUGUGCACAGCUGACAGUGCUUACUUCCUGUCUUUCAGCUGGUCCAGCAGUGCAGAGAUUUCUCCUGUAAUGUGACCAACAUUGUCGUGGAGCCUCCGUCACCUGAGAGCUCCCCAGACAGCGAGGGAGGCACACCAGUAAGAAAAUACGGCUGUUUACUGUAAAUGUAUAAAUAAAUAUGAAAAACUGUCACUUUGAAAUCUAUAACGAAUACACAAAAAGACAAGUUUGGACUGUAUAGGUACCGUUAAAGGGAUAUUAUAGUAAUGACCGCAGAUAGCGAUACAGAGAGCCACGCGCUCAACCAAAACACCACUCUAUAGCCACAAAUAAUGCUCAGAACAGCACCUAACUUCAUCAACAGUACAUUUCUUUGGCAGAGAGACUAAACACAACUCACCUACUCUCUUCCAGCAGCUGCUUGUUUGUAUGGAGACCUCUGGGCGAGCCCAUUGACUACAGCGGAGUUACGCAGCUCAAGGAAGAACAUUUAUAAUCAUUUCUUCAUAAAAAUGUAAUCAGACUGAGACGCUAAGACAGAAGAACUACUGUGUCUGCAGUGCAAAAUGAUUAAUAUGAUGAUUAUUAUUCCAAGGAAAUGAUAAAGAAAUGAUCAUAAAUGUUCUUCCUUGAGCUGCGUCACCCCGCAGCAGUUGGUUUGGACUCACCUGAGGUUUCCGUACAAAACAAGCAGCUGCUGGAAGAGAGUGGGUGAGUUGUAUGGAGUGGCUUUUUGGUUGAGCACGUGGCUCUUUGUAUUGCUAUCCUGCGGUCGUUACUAAAGUUGGUAUCACUAGAGAAGCAAGCGGUCGGCAACAUUCAUCUAUCGAGGAGGUGUCUAAUCUGUGUUACAGUGUGUUUGACCCUAACUUAAAUUUACGCCGGAAUAUCCCUUUAACCAGCCUUUUUGAACCUUUUUAACUCUCAAAUCUGUAUAAUAGUACACCUCACCUUUUAAAAGCUUUUUAAUAGUUUGUUACCCUUGAAAGUUUUGCUUUCUUUCCAAACAUAAUGUAAGUAAAAGUCAUUCUCAGUUUUUUAAUUCAGUCAUGACAGAUUUAAAUCUUUUCUGAUGAUAGUCUUGGUUUCCUCAGUCUCAAGCGUGAACACACUCCAUUGCAGACAGGUUUACUAUAGUAAGAGUUUGAAACCUUUUAAUAAACCUUUUCAGUCUGAAUAAAUCAGAGUACGUCUAAUUGGAAAAGCACAUUAAACCUGAGUUUUUAUUGAAUGUUUUCAAUUCUUUGAACCCGACAAACAAUUACAGCCCCGGGGGAAGAUAUCACAAAGCUACGCAAAUAAAAUAAACAAGAAACAAACAACAGCUCUCCUUUUUUACUCUGUUCGGUUCCCUCUUUAUAUUGUCUUUGCUUCUUCUUCUUCUCCUCUCUUUGUUCCUCAGUGUCUUUUUAGACUAUACUCAGCAAUUCAUAGUUAGUAUUAAUUCUUUUCUCUCGCGCGUUAAAUGGGGGCACUCCGCAGUGGGAGAUUGUAGAGCAGCUCCCCUCCUGCUAUUUUUUCAGUGAUGCAACAGUCAAGUUAAAUGACUCUGCUCAGGAUGCGAAAUGUUACGCACAGGAAGAGCCCACUGCUGUACUUUACAGUUAUCACUUCAACACAUUUUAUUAUUCAUGCCAUUAUCUCCGGCUCUUAGUGAUUUAUAAAUGAUGGUGCUUAAAUGUUGUACAAUUGAACGCACUUUAAAUCAUGUCUAUGUGUUGACAGGAGCUGGAGAAAGCCGGCCUCUUGAACAAGACGAAGAUAGCAGAAGGAGGCAGAAAGCUGAGGUGAGGUUUCAUCAAGGUGAACAACUAAAAAAGAUCAGUUAGAUUCCUCUUGUAUAAAUAUGGUGUUUGUGUCUGACUCUCUGUUCGUGUCUUUCUUUUCUGUCGGGUUGCAGGAAAAACUGGAGUCCUUCCUGGGUGGUGUUAGUUGGGAACAGUCUGGUUUUCUUCAAAGAUCCUAAAUCACAGACACCAGCCAGCUGGGUAAGAUGAGUCCUGUGUUCAUGUGAGGCAGAUUUCUUGAUUUCAAAAUCCCCAGCCAGUUCUUAUGAGUCAUUUUUCAAAGUGCAGAUGAAGGUUACUUUUGUGGGACGGAUUUUACUUUCCAUUUCAGAAUUAAACAGCAGAAUCUGGUUUGUUGCAUACAGAUCAGGAGCUUUUAAAAAACCCUUAAACUGACCACACAGAUAAAUAAUCCUGUCCAUUAUGUUGCACACAUAAUACUACAUGCAUCAGAUAUCCGUUAUGUGAAGAGUCUGUCAGGAGGGGCGAAAAUCUGCCCACAAAUUCUGUGCAGCAAAAGCUCAAUUUUAAAAUCAUACAUUCAUCAGCUGAGUGAAGUGUCGAGAGUAUAAACCUGAAAAUGUUUUUUUUUAUGUUUACAUGCACAUUUCUUGAAAACAAAUGCUUUUUCAUGUGCAAUACAGCAAUUUUCAUACCUCAUUUAUCCCACCGACUUAUCCUCCAUCUUAUAUACAUUCACACUCAGCACCUACUGCUUGUUCACUUUGUAAAUAUCUCCUUUUUCACUUGUGAAUGUUUCCCGCACUUUGCAAAUAUUUCUCCUAUACUUUUAUUCGUCUAAAUAUAUACAGUAUAUAUGUAUAUAUAAUUUGUAUCCUUAUUUUAUUGCAUUCCUUUAGUACUAUUGUGUGCUUUUUCUAUACCCCUUCGAGUCGAGCGGUCCUCUCAUCAAGGGCAUUUCAUCGCACUGUUGACCUUGUCUAACAUGCACAUGACAAAUAAACAAAUCUCUAAUUUCUCAUCUCAAACAGAGACCAGGAAACAGUCGUCCUGAAAGCAGCGUGGAUUUACGAGGAGCAAAGCUGCACUGGGCCAAUGAGCUGUCCAGCAAGAAAAAUGUCUUCAAGGUGAGAAACAAGCAGAAAUACCUAAAAUCAAAAGAUUUUAACAAAUUUCAUAAAAUGUUCGAAUGUGAGUCCCUCUUUUUUUUAUCAAGUCCCGAUCUGAUUAUUUAUUUUACUACCUAAAGUGUUCUCAGUGGUCUUUAAAUUGUGAUUAUGAAGUUUUUAGCCAAAAUCUCGUUACCUGUGUCAUUUUUAAGAGCUUUUCUUCUGCAAAUCACCAGUAACUCAUUAGCAAUUCGUCUCUGAGUCGUGGGUGGAGACAGCGCUGCUCUGCACACUCCUCUUCAUGUUAGCUUGUAGCCUUACAUUGUAGUAGAAGUAGCAGGUAACAUAGGAGCUAUUCAGCUCUCAGACAUUCAUGUCUUUGGAGACAUGAUGAAAGUUAUUAUCAAAAUCAGCUUUCUCACAAACAUUGCCGUAUCCGUUAAUGCAAACACUUGGUCUGCGAUCAUCCUCUCUAUUUCUCUGAGUCUGGCCUGCAUAGAAAGACUCCGGGGGCGGAGCUUGGAUUUGUGAUGUAGGAAAUCUCACUGUGUCUGAACCUGCUGUUUGGGUCUGUGUGAAGUUCAGAGCCAUUUGAAUGCAAAAAUACUCAGAAAAGCAAUUUCACACUUAUUUUUUUUAUGUUAUGUCCCGUUGCAUCAGAAAAAUGCCAUUUGAAUGUGUGGACAACAAGAAACAACAUGAUUUUCAUCAGAGUGGGUCUGUAACUGGUUAAUAAGAUCUGAUGUACAGCAGAGAGUUCGAACACUAAACAAUAGAUCCCAUUUUUGUCAGUAAGGGGUCCUUAUCAGUGAGGGAAGUGAGAGUGGGAAGCUUGUUUGACUCAACUGUGGAGAAGAGGAAGAAGUGCUGAGGAUACAUUUCUCAGUUAAUUUAUCAGAGAGAGUCAGUCUGUUUUUAAAAUCAAGAAAUGUCAAAAAGGAAACAUGGAUGUUUGACUGUAGUUGAGUGAACAGAAAACCGUCUCUGCGGAGUUGACGCUCACUUGAUAUAAAGUGACGUGUUUUGUGGUUGUGUUGUAGCUGAGGACGGUGACGGGUAACGAGUUCCUGCUGCAGUCGGAGACGGACUCUUUGAUCAAAGAGUGGUUCAUCACCAUCCAGAGCGUCAUCGACAGGCUGGUAGGACGCAAAACACACAACACACGCCGAGCUGCACUUUCACUGUCACACUUCUCUUUUUGUGGUAAAAUGGUUUCCCUCUGGAUUAUCGUAGUUUCACUCCGUAAGUGUAUACGAUUGUAUAGUCAGUAUAUCUAAACUGCACACACACGCAGACUGUAAUCCAAAAUGUCAGGCAGGCAACUUCAGCUGGACUGAUUUCAAACUUGAUAUGAGUCAUUCUCACGAUCAUAUGACAAACCUAUCCUCCCAGUUUACCCGUCUAUUCAAGCUUAGAGUUUUCUGGCCUCUUCCUCAGCUCUGCAGCCGUCACUGCUGUCCUGAAUAAAAGCUGAAGAAGUAGAUAAGUGCUGUCAGCUGCACCAUCACCACCACCACCACCCAGGCAUCCAUCUGCAGGCUCUGACUGGGGGGUUUAGGAUAUUAUCGUCAGCUUUUAAAAUUAAACCGUGAGAAGAAAUGAGGUCAGGGUCUGGACGCAAACACAUUAUUUAAUAAAUAAAAACUAUUGAAACAUGAGCAGUCAGAUUUAAGUAUAGUUUAUGGUGAAAGGUGAAAGAUAUGAGUGAUUAAGUUAUUGUUUCAAAUGAGUUCAGAAAUCUACUUGAUAUGGACUUAAAAAAAGUAAAAGUGAGUUUUUCAAGUUUGGAAAAUCCCAGCUAAGAAUUGACCAGGUGUUGUAACUCAGGACCUUCCAGAGAAGGUGGAGCCUGACAGAAAACAACACUGACUACCCUGAUUUUCUUUUUUAACUUUAUUGCCUUAAAUGUACAUGAACAGGCAAUUAAAAUCACAAAGGAAUACAAAAAGAAAAGCAUCUUGAGAUUGGGUCUCAUCUGUCACACAUAGAUAGCACGUUUAAGGGUAUAACACAUAUCUUAUAGAUAAUAGAAAAAGUUAUAAUUAUAGUAAAUGAAUAGAAAAAACUCGUAAAAACAGGUACUUUUAGCUGUAACUGGUCAGUCAUAUAUUCCAUCAUGUAGACGUGUUUUACCACUGAGUGAUCAUGGGAGGGUCAGACUUCAUCCAAUUGAUAGUAAUAAUUUUUCUUACCCUGAUUUUCAUUUCUUUGUUUAUCUAUAAUAGGUGUAUAGUUUCAGACUAGAACAAAUGUUUUUGUUUGGUUUAUUGAAGUUUAUUUGACAAGAGCUUAAGAAGGAGCCUGAUGUUUCCCUCAAAAACACGAGUAAAACUGACAAAAGCUCCAUCAAAAGCCACAGGUUGCAGACAGCAUUGCGACCGUGUUGCUGUUGCUAAAGCUCUGUCUCGGCUCCACCUCUUUGCGUGCGUCAAAGCCUAUCAAAAGCUAGAACAGACUUACGAAGAUGGCGUUUGCUGUCUUUCAGCCACAAAACACUCCUCUUAAGAAAAUUAGUGAAAUAAUAAAGACUUAAACCAUGUUUGGAUAUGUUUUUGACUGUCCACGGUUGCUGAUAAUUUUUGUUUCUGAGACCAGAUUAAAGUUUUUUGACUCAUAAACUUUAUUAUUUAAAAACCAGCAUCAAAUAUCAAAUGCUAAAUAGACUCUAAAUCAAAGCAUAUUCUAGUUUUUCUCCACUAAACACUGGUUUGUAAAUUUUGUCUCAUCACACAGUCAGUGCUUUUGUGUCUUUUUCAACAAAGUCAAACUCUAAGAAUGUUUUUUUUCUGUCCGUCCUCCAGGACCGUGAAAACCCGUUAGACAAUGUGCUCCUGUACUCUCUGAGGCGAGCAGGAAGCGUGGAAAUGCUGGACCAGAGCGGAGACGAGGACGACAGAAGAACGUCACGUAAGCUGCCUUUAUCACAUGCCGCCUGUCGUCUCAUUUCUCUGGUUUUCCCUCCCUGCCCUACACGGCCUCUCGCUCCAUCAUCAUCAUUCUUUUUUCUAAACUUCCACACAGGCUUCUUGCAUCCCUCCAUCCUCUCCUCCAUCCUCUCCUCCAUCCAGCCCACUUACAUUUUCACUCGCCCCCCAUGGCAGAUAAUCCCCCCGUCUGUCCUGUCUCACCUGCGCCGCCGCCCGGCCCUCCCUCUCUUCAUCCUCACCACCAUCCCCUCUCAUCUGCUCUGCCUACGCCCCGCACUGACCUCCUCCCCCUCUUCUUCCUCCACCUCCUUCUGUCCUCCCUCUGCAGUCCCCCGCUCCUCGUCCAACUUGGAGAACACAGAGAGGAAGAGAGUGAAGAGCCGGCUGAAGAAGCUGAUCCUGAAGAGACCCCCACUGCAGGCGCUGCAGGAGAAAGGCCUCAUUAAAGGUGAGGGAUCUGUUUGAAGUUUGACAUUGUUUUAAUCCCAGUUUUCUUCCUUCAGCAGAGUGUGUCCUCUUUUCCUCUGCUGUGUUACAGUUUUGCAUUUCUGCAGCUAAAACUAUCCACUGAACUUUAGUUGUGGAGUUGAAGGUAUUUUGCAGUUAUGACAGCUGGCAGGAAAUCUCAGUAUUAAUCCUGCAAUGAUGCCACAUCCCCCUGUGACUGUGCAUUGCAAUCCUCGUCUCCUGUUUAGUAAGAGCUUCUGCAGAGUGAUGACGAUUUUCACUCUGCCUCUCUGCUGAUUACAACACUAUUCUGACAUCUUUUGUGGAGCUUUCUUGAAAGUAGAAAUGAUUUUUGUCGGGUUUUUCCAUAUUCGAAGCAUAAAACGGCACAGGAGUUGACGAAUGAAGAAAAACCUGGUUAAAUUAUUGCAAACACACAAUGAAUACUGCUCUCAUACGGGGCAAAAAUGGGUCAUUGAAUGGUUUGACUGCAAUCAGAGGUAGAACCCCAAUGAAAACCUUAAUCUGGGGAACAUCUUACAGGCACUGGUCUCAUCACAGCUUAUCAAGACAUUAACCUCCAUACUAUCAUGUAUUAUAUAAAACCACAACAGGAUUUAAUACAACACAGAGCAUGGAAAUAAAAUUAACUAUAACAUAAAACACAUCACAAUUCAACACAGCACAAUGAGAUAUGAUAUGAUACGACAUGAUAGGUUCCAGUUCAAUAUCAUGUGACAUGUUUAAAUAGAACAAAAGGAUAUGAAACAAAAAUAUGAUACAAACUUAUGCAACAUGACAGGCUUUGGUUUGAUUUGCUGCAUUACUGUAUGACACAAUAUGAUCAAGUUGGCACUAAACACAAUUCGACACAUUACAGUGUUGUAGCAUACCCUGCCAUAUGGCACAACAUGAAAGAAUACAAUAAGCUACAAUACUACAGGGUAUGAUAUGAUACAAUACAACACAAUACAAUACCAGAGAAUACAAUUUAAACUGAUACCAUGCCAUAGAAUACAAUUUGACCCGAUGCUACAUGAUACAAUGUGAUAUGAUACGAAACAAUACGAUACAAAAUAUUAUAAUCUGAUAGGAUAUGAUGCAAAACAAUACAACUUAAACUGAAACCAUAGGAUACGAUACAUAAUGAUACAAAACGAUAGUAUACAAUACAGUUUGAUACAAUACAAUACAAACUGAAAUAAAACCAUACCGUACUGUACAAUAUGAUGCAAUACAGUAGGAUACGAAACACUAUGAUCCUAUACAAAAUAAUACAAUACAAUACGUUUUGAUGAAAAUGAUAGUAUAUGAUACAGUAUGAUACAAUACAAUAUAGUAUGAGACAAUAUGAUAUGACAUAAAAUGAUACCAUGCCAUACCUUACUAUACCAUACGGCAUAACACAAUGGGAUGAUACGAUAGGGCACAAUACAACAUAGUUCAGUGUGAUUUUUAUUUGAUACGGUAGGAUAUAAUAUCUGAUCUGAUAUAAUAUGAUAUGAUGUUGUAUGGUAUUAUAUGGUAUGAUUUGAUAAGAUAUGAUAUGAUAUGAUAUUGUAUAGUAUGGUAUCAUAUGAUAUGAUACGAUAUGAUAUGAUGUGAUGUGAUAUGAUAUGAUGUUGUAUAGUAUGGUAUCAUUUGAUAUGAUAUGAUAUGAUAUAGUACACCAUAACACAACAUGAUCUUAAUGGUAAGGUACAGUACAGAAAGGUAUAACAGGACACAUCAUAAUUAGAUAUCACACAACAUGACUUAAUAUAAUAUGUUAUGAUACAAUAUGAUAUCUUAAGAUAUGAAAUGAUCCAAAAUGAAAUAUUAUGUUAUACUCACAGUCCCUGCUGUGAUAUUAGUAUAUUUUCUGUGGCACGUGUGUUAGCAGCAUGAGUGCUGGAGUAAAAAUCUUUCUAAGCUGUUCUUUUCAAUUGGACUUUAUGCAAACUGAAAACAGGCUCAGCCUUUGAAAACUAAAGAGUAGUCAUCAGACCGAGCGAGCCAACCAAACUUUAGAGGAGUACAGAGAGAGAUGAAGUGAUUUCAGAUCUUAUUUUUGAUGAAAUUUUCACAUGUCUCUCUGAGUCCUUAUCAAAGAUACAACAGUCUGAUCAGAAGCGAUUUAUUAAGUAAGCUAAGUAAGAUUUAUUUCAGCCUAUAGCGCAUACAGUACAGUACACGAGGUCUGUUGCAUCAUCAAGGCUGAGCUGACAUAUCUGCUGGGAAAAGAUCCAACAUGGAGGUUUUCUUCAAUAGUGAGCAGUCAAUUUAUCAGCAGUAGAAGUGGAGCGUGCAGCUCUUACAUCAUGUGUUGGCACAGUUAUUUGAGGGAAAAAAAACACAACUUCUGAGCUAACAUAAAACGUGUGUUUGUGUCCGUCUUUCGUCACCCUUCAGAUCAGGUGUUUGGAUGUCGUCUGGAGAUGCUCUGCGAGAGAGAGAAGAGCACCGUCCCUCGCUUCGUCAGACUUUGUACCGCUGCUGUGGAGAAGAGAGGUACAGUCGCUGAUAAUGCGAUGCUCAACAUAAAACGGACACACAAGAAAACACCUUCAAUCGUUUUCCACACUUGAGUCGCUCUAUGGUAGUCAGGCUCCCUCAGUGUCUAAAAUCAUUCGACGAAACUUGACUGAAAAUGUUUUUGAUUGUGAGCUGAACUUGGACUCAGAGAAGAAGUCCUGACAGCUGCCAGACAGGGAAGAUCCUAAUGAGAGAAAAUAGAGCUGGUUGAAGACUGUUUAGAAACAAUGCUGCAAAUAAAUAUUUAACACGCAGAGGAGGAAAAAAAGAACGUAUUUUGACCAAAAAACCUGCUUUUGAUGGAAAAAAUAUCUCUACGGCAUGGUUAGGAUGGAGACAUCAUGGCUGAAAUAGACUGAAACACUUAAGGGACGAAGUGGAUUCUUGGAAAAUUAUUGAAAUCAUACAGAUCUUUCACAGCACAAUGAAAAAAGUCCACAUUAAAGCGUUUAUAGCUGUACAUGUUAAAUUAAAUACAAAUUAAAAAGCAUAUCUUUGUGUCGUGGAAGAGUGACUCUUCCUCUGUUACUCUUUAUGAGAUUUAUUCAUUUGUGUGACGAUAUAUUCAUUUAUGUGUGAGGAUAGAGUGACUUUAUUAAACUCCUGACAUGUUUUAUUUAGGCACAGAUGUUGUUGGAUUGCAAGUAAUUACAAGAAAAUCAAUUUACAUGAACAAAUCUGCUACAUAUCCAAACUUGUGCCUGAGAGAGCUCCUGCAGCAAUAAAAGAUUUCUUCCAAAUGUUUCUACAUGAGUCUCCAAAUGUUUAAAUGUUUAAUAGCACUUAUACUUGAACUAAAUCUAACCAAAAACAACCUUCUUUACAUUCCCGGAGCUCAAAGGGAAACAUUUCAUUUACUUCUUUGGUUCAUAAAACUGUCCAUGACUGUAAUAAUCUUCAUUUUCUAUCAUUGAUUGCAAAAAAGGAAUAGAAAAUAUGCAAAUUUAGAGAACAGGAACAGUUUAUUUUGAUAUUUGACGCCAAAAAUGUUUGAAAUUAGUUGUCUGUUAUAGAAUUCUCUUUCUUUACUACCAUAAUAGCUGAGAUUGUUUAUUAAUUUAUGGUUAAACAGCUACAGAAAACAGCUAUCCGGUGCAAAUCGAAUGCUUAUGUGUAACAUCUAUCCUUCGAAAGAUUUCUGUGAGGUUAAAAGAUUAAACAGUGAGUUAAAAAAGGAAAAAAAAUAAGCAGCCUGGUUGCAAUAAAAGAUUCAAAUCAUUCAUGUAAAAUGCAAACCUUUGGUCAAAGUUCAUAACCAGUACAUAUGUAACAAACCUUGUCUUGUUCUGUAACUUAAAAAAGUCAGCGUCACACCAAACAUAUUCAGCGCCUCAUCGAGUGACACACUAAAAAACAUGAAGAGGAAGUUUAAAAGUAUUCACAGAAGUCAUGUGAUCAUGUAAAUGUGACCUUCUAAGAUAUUUUGGAUGUCUGGAAGUGUAAAAAUGUGCUUCCGCUUCACCUCAUUCACGCGAUUUUGGCCACUUAUGCAACAAAACAUCUUCUUUGGGACCAUUUUUUAUUGAUGGAGAGGAAGCAGGAGUGCCAAGGCUGGCUCCAAAUCUGAGGGAACACUUUUUCACUCAUGAAGGUUUAAAUAAUGCAAACUCUGAUCUUAUUUAGAUACCAGCUCUCUAGAGUUCUAAUAGGUACUCAGACACAGUCAGCAGAGAUCUCCUGACCUGAACAGCUGUGUGUGUGUGUGUGUGUGUGUGUGUGUGUGUGUGUGUGUGUGUGUGUGUGUGUGUGUGUGUGUGUGUGUGUGUGUGUGUGUGUGUGUGUGUGUGUGUUAUCUUGCAGGACUGGAAACUGACGGCAUCUACAGAGUGUCAGGAAACCUGGCGGUGAUUCAGAAACUACGCUUCAUGGUGAACCACGGUGAGGAUGAAGGGGAGGAGGGAGAAAAAUCGUCUUUUAUGAUCUCUGAAUAUGAAUGAAAAUGCAGAGGGAGGGGAAAAGGGAAGAAGUGGCGGUCUGCAGGAACCAGCAACACUUUUUUUUCUUUUAGCUUAUUUUACAUAAAACAUUUACAUGCUGUUUGAUUCUGUUCUGUUCAUUCUGAUUAUGUUCAUAUGUUAAAUGCACACACACUCUCUGUGUGUACCUGCUGAAUCCACUGUAUGGUUGUCCCACGCCUAUCACCUUCUGAUAAAAGUACAUACUGAAGAAAAGCCGAUUUAGUGAUUGUUGGUUUUUGCAGAGCGAGCGGUGACUACAGACGGCCGUUACAUGUUCCCAGCGGAGUUGGUUCAAGGUAGAUCCAGACCUGAAGAGGAAAAAAAAAACCCACAGCCGCUCUGCGCUCGCUUGUUUUUGUCUUCUUCCUGUGUUGCAUAAUGUGAACACCUCAGUGAAAAACAAACCACCCACAGACAGAGCGACUCUCAGAGCUGAGCUGAGCAGACGGUGCACUGAACAGUUGUGCUACCAUUUGCUUAAUGUCCCUUUAGGCUUUUCUGCUUUAAGUUUUCUGAUGUAAUAACACACAGCAGGUUGUACAGUGAGCGCGCUUAUGGUCCGCUGCUGCCACCAAGUGGACAAAACAGAGAAUCGUUUGUUUGUGUAUGCGCUCUAAUCCCACUGCAACAUCUCACUGACUAAUGCUUCUUCUCAUUUGGAGGCUUUUUGUGUCAUAAAUAUUAAACUUUUUGACUUUGAGGCAGAAUUAAAGCACAUUAUUUUUUCUCUUUGGUUCUGAUAAUCCAAUUUGAGAAGCAUUGGUCAGGCCUUGAGUUUUUGAAUAUGUGUUUUCCAAAACAGGCAUGCUUGUGUGUGUUUUCUCCGACUCUGACAGGCCGUUUCUAUCUCCCUCCUGCAGCUACAAGCCUCCAUGUUCCGCCUCAGCACUGACAUAAACGCUCCGUCUUAUGUUUCUGCCCUUAAAGCCACUUUGACUCUUAAACUUAAAUUUAACUCUUCUUCUUCUUCUUUCUUUUUCACAUUGCCGUGCCUCUCCUUCACUCUCCCUGACCCUGUCUUUUUUUGGAUUUCACCCCUCACCGGCCCCUCCCUGUCUCUCAGAGGAGAAGCUGAAUUUGGAUGAGAGCGACUGGGAGGACAUUCAUGUCAUCACAGGAGCUUUGAAACUGUUCUUCAGAGAGCUGCCCGAGCCCCUGGUCCCCUUCGGCUUCUUCACUGACAUUGUGGAGACGAUCAGUGAGUGCCUCUCUUCAGCUCCAUGUUUGUCUCAUUAAUCACUGAAUAACAGAUGGAUUUAUAUCCGUCAUUUCUACAAAUAUGCUUAUUAACUUUGUAUGAGGAGUCUUUUUAUCAACAAUUUCAGGUUAGGAAUUAUUUAUGGACUAUUACUUGAUUCCUGGUCCUUAUUUAGUUCAUGUCUUCCUCUGCUCUAAUUACCGAAACAAUCAUCUUAAAGCUCCUGUAAGGAGUUUUUUUUAAUUUGUAAUUUUUCAUGCCUGGAAUAGGUGUAAGCCUAGCUGCUGCAGCCUUGUUUUUACAGUUACACAUAAAAUAUUCACAGUAAAUUACAAAAAGUGACUGAAGCAUAGAGAGCAGUGGUUCUCAACUGGUGGGUUCCGACUCAAAAGUGGGUCAACAAAGUAACUAUUUAUUUAUAUAUAUAUAUUUUCUGUAUAUGCAACUUCAGUAGUUGUCGUCCUUCAUGUGCUCUGAAAUGCACUUUACUAAAUAAAAAAAGUGGAUUUAUGUUAAAGAUUAGAGUCUUUAAAGGUUUUUUUUUAUAAAAAAUACAUUUGCUUGGUUUGAAUUCUAUAAUAGUGGCCACGGGAAAAUGUGGGUCCCAGAGUGAGACCAGUUGAGAACCACUGAUAUAGAGGACAAGAUAAGGAAGGACUGUUUUGUCCACAGGGGGGCGCCAGAAUUGACACAAAUUCAAAGUCCCUCAAAGCAGCUUUAAAAAUAUUGAUAAUAUAGGGUUAUAUUCAAAAGAUUUACUGGCUGGACUAGAAGUUUAGAUACCUGGGGAGCCUAAUCUUACUUUGCUGUUUUUAGUUUUGAUGAAAAUCACAAAAUCUCUUUAGUUUUAAUGAGUCAGAACCAACACAGUGCUGGUCUAAAAAGUCCUCCCUCUCUGACGACCUUCAGACCUGUGACUGCAGCAUUUUACUCCAUGAUAGAAUAUUUUCAGUCCUUUCUUUUUGUUUUCAACUCUUCAGAAGUUUAGCAAAGCAACAUCUGUAUCACUACGGAUCUAUAACAAAGACAAAUUGUUGAGCGUCCUGAAAACCAGACUCGAGUCUAGCGGUGACAGGGCCUUUUCAGUGGUUGCCCCUCAACUGCGGAACAGUUUACCUGUCCAUAUUAGAGCCUCUCAGACCUUAGAGUCUUUUAAAUCAUCUUUAAAGACACACCUUUUUUCCCUUGCUUUUAAUAAAUGAGCACACAGGAAUCAGAGGAUCUGUAGCUUUUGUUCGUAUACUGUCUGUAUUUUAUUCUACUGUUUUUAACUUUAUUUUUUCUUGUUAUCUAUCUAUUUAUUUACAUCUUUUAUUAAUCCCAUGUACAGCACUUUGUUUUACUGCUGUCUUUUAAAGGUGCUUUAUAAAUAAACUUUGACUUGACUUGACAAAUGGGGAAAAAACUACUAAUAACAUACUAACAUACUUAACAUCUAUGGGGAAGAAUUAAACUUGAUACGAUGGUUUUACAAUAAACAAAACACAUCUCAGUAUGAAUUUGUAGAUUUAAACACCACUCCCAUUAAACUCCCAUCAUCCUUUGCUCAUAUUCGGAUAUUUUUAGGAUGGAUAAAUGUGAGGAUUUAUGUGUUUCUUUCUUGGUGACAAAUUUGAAAAACUAAAAUCAACGAUAUUUCAUUUUAGCCUCUACUACUUCAAGCUUCUGUAAGAAGAUUUUUUACAUAAAUAACUAGACUACAAUUCUAACUGAUGGUGAUUUUAUGACAUUCAAAACCAAACAAAGUCAUCUACGACCACAUUGACGGUUUUAAUAUCUCAAUUUUUAACGACUGAAACCUGCACAAGAGGGCGGAGAGAAGCAGCCCUUUUUUCUUUUUUACAUAUUUCCCUUAAAAUGUUAAAAAUAUGUAUUAAAUUUAGCCGUCAAUUGUCAGAAUAAUCAGAUGUUUUGUGAAAGUACUUAAGCAUGUAGAGGACAGAAAAGGCGAAGACUGCCUUGUCCAUAGAGGGCGCAAAAAUUUACACGAACUGAAGGUUGAAAUUUUAAUUUUAACACUUUAAUCUCUAGCUCUACAUUAUUGCCCACAUUGGCCAGAUAUUUUCAUUAAAAUGCUUAUUUUUUUAAGCAAUUCUAACUCAAAGAGUGGCAAAAAUUAUAGUUUUGUGGACUAUUUUCGGCCGUGGAUUUAUACACAUUAUUUACCUUUGUGAGUUUAUUGCACUGUUGACUGUCCCUAUAAGUUUCUAACAACAAUUAAAGUCCUUGACAUUAAGUAGUCCGCUAAAUCCUGCUGAGUUGCCACAUUUGUUGGUGAUAGUAUUUACUGAGCGCAGUUUUAUCUUUUGCAGUGUUGCUGGAAGUAAAAAAAAAAGUUUUAAACUGUCCUUGUAGCAGUUUUUUAUCACUUCAUUUACAUACACUUCUGUGAUAACACAAAACAUCAGAAUAUCUUUAACUGAUGCUAAUAAUCUGACAGUUAAAUGUAUAAAAAUCCCCAAAGAAAUCCUGAAUAUUAAUAAAACAAAGAUAACAUGAUCCUUGUACAAACGCCCUGAUUGUUAUCAAUCCACGGAGCGUCAUUUUGCAGCGAUCAUGGUGAGGGCUGAUAAUUACACACUGCUGUAUCAGAUUAGAUAAGGUAUGCUAAUGAUAAUGGGCUGCACAUGAUAUCAGUAUGUAUAUCAGGUUUCCGAUGCAACGACAUGUAAGUGAUGGCAUUUAUUGUGAUGUGACACGUCCGUCCCUUUUGUGCUGCAGAGAUGUCGGACUACUUGGAGAAAGUUCAUCGUCUGAAGUGUCUGGUGCUCAACAUGCCUCCUCCGAACCACGACACGCUCAAGUUUAUGUGCCGCCAUCUCAGACGGUAAGAGAGACAAGAAGAUAACAGACAUUUGUUUGUGUAAAAAAAAACAAAAAAAACGAAGAAUGACCCCGGUGCCCUUCGAGGGAAAUAAAGUUUUAUUUUCAGCACUUGUCUUUUUUUAGUCUGACCACAAGAGGGGGCAGUUUCCUCGGUGUUCCCUGUGUUUUUUUCUCAGUCAGGGGUUCUUUGGCCACGGCUUCUAAAGUAUGCCCGUCCUGUACCAGGAUCCCUCUGUUGUUAACUUUGUGUCCCUGCAAAGAUGAAAAGGCUGGAGGAGGAUGAAUGGAGCGCGAUGUUCUGAGAGCCAGUUCCUUUUACAGUACAUAAAAUCUGUGUUUUUUACCGCCUAUGGUUUUUCCUUCCACUUCAGGGGUGAGCAUUCGUGUUCUGAGGCCGAUGUUUGUGCCAGGGUGUGGUGGAGGCCCCAUGAAUUUGUCAACUCUGUCUUUCUUUCAUUUACUCCCCUCUCUGUCAUCCCCCCCCCCCCUCCUUCAUUCUGUUUCUCAUUUAUUAUCUCCCUCGCUCAAUCACCCUGAUGCCUCUCUCUUCUCUCUCUCGUCUCCUGACUUCCUCAUCACUCUCUCUCUCUUUUAUUUUCUCCCUCUUCCUCCUUUCUUUCUCCUCUUUUCAUCCCUCUCUCCCUCCUCCUGCUCUCCUCCCUGCCUCGAAGGUCCCAUGGGAGCCUUGUGGUUCGUCUGCUGGAAGGCAUACCAACACCACCGCCGCCACCACUGGAACCUCUCUCGUUUCUCCCUCCCUCACUCGCUCCUUUUCCCCCCCUCCUCUCUCUUCCCUCUUUCUCUCUUUUUUCCUCCUCUCUUUUUAAUGUGGAAGUUUUGAGCAAUUGCUGGCUGCUUCUGUGGCUUGGUGGGAAUGGCAUUUUUAGAAGAAUGCCUCACUCUGUGGCUUCAACCCAUUCCUGUGUCCCCCACCAAUCACACACACACACACACACGUACUCGCCAACAUAGGUGGAUACAGGCGACAGAUUUAGCCUCUUAUGUGCACAAAUCUGGUCUGUUAAAUGUAGAUCCAAGGACAUGAACAUGCAGGCAAAAACAAGAAGUCCCUGGUGGAUGUGAAACCGUAGUAACUGUCCUGUGUUUCUAAGAAUUUGAGGAUGUCACAUGCUGACCACAAGCGUACAGCUGUAUGAGCGGUUAGUAGUCAUCUACUGUAUGUGCAGCUCAUCGUAGCGAGUCUACAGUCGUGUUAGCAAAUCCUCACAGUUAAUAUGCUGAUGUUAAAAGGGGAUGUUACCUUCUUGGUUGAGCGUGAAAGGAGACUAACACUUACAUUUUAGUGCACGACACAAAUUACAUCGGAGGCUGGAGGCUUCAUGUAGAUUAUACAGCCGUGCUAAGUGCUCUGUAAGGCUGUAUUUACUCGCUAACACUGAUGUUUAGCACAUAUGUUUAUCAUGUUCAUUAUCUUUGUUUUGCUUAAUGUGUCAGCGGGGUAAAAUUUGGUAAUUAGCACUAAACACAGAUGACAGCUGAGGCUGAAGGAAAGUCUUUACUUAUGUUUUUGGAGUUCAAAGCGGUGUUUGCUGCUCUGGGAAGCUGUACUGACACACUAGCAUAUGUCGCAGUUCACUGGUUUGAUCCUAACAGAGACUCACCUUCUUAGUUUGGGAUAUUUGUGCAAAUUUACAUUAGAAUUUGCUCCACUGAAUACAGGAAACAGCAAACAGGAAAAGUCUGUUUUUUUUUCUGUUUUGGGAUGAGUUGACUAAAAGCGUAUUUAACAGAAGUAGAUAUAAUUAGCAUAUAUGCGUUAAAACUGGUUUUCUGGACAGGAUUUUAAAGCUUUGAGUUCAAUGUUUGACUGAAACCACCUAUUUUAUUCUCUAAUACUGUAAGGGACCAUGAUACUUGAAGAAACCGUCACCUCACUUCUGAUAUUUCUUGUCAGUCACAGGUAGCUGCACUCUGGAGUUAAGCUAUUUUAUUCAAUAUACUGUGUAAAUAAAUACUAUAUUUUUUGUCUAAAUGGGAGCUGAGUUUAACCUUCCUCCUGUGUUAGCUUUUACUACGCACCCAGCAUGUUAAGGGUCGGUUUUGACCCGUGUCUUAAAUCAGCUGUAAAUUACACUUAAAACAAUUCUCUAUCAUUUGGUUCUCAUCUCUAGGUUACCGUGUUAGGCUUCAUUAUCCAUGAAAAUAUUGCUUAUUAUAGGUUUUGUAGUGGGCCUCUGGGUCUUUCUUUGUCAGUAUACCCCUCACACAGACAUCUAUACUGAGUGGAUCUUACAUGUCUGGACAUGCCUGAUGUUGUUUUUUGUGCAGGAAAAAACAUGACAAAAUGAGAAUUUCCUAAAUCUCACAUGAUUGGAAGAGGAUCUGACUGUCAGUGUGAUGCCUGACAGUGUGCUUAUGAUUUCAGUUUUUGCUAGAAUCAUUACAUAUUGAUCUAACCGGGUCAACAGCGACCCUAACACAAGUGCCAUAAUUUUAAUAAGAUCAUUUUAUAAUUUAGUCAAUUAAAUUUUUUGUUUUUUAUUUUGUUGAAAUAGAGGUUCCUGAAAAGGCUUGAUGCAAAAAGCUGAUUUAAGUGGUUCUUUAAGCGUGUUUUAGGGGUGCAGACUCUAACACCGGAGGAGGGUUAGAAAAAAAAUUUAAACUGUUGGAAAGAAGACUUGAAAUUUAAGUAGAAAUUUAAAGUGUUUACAUUGUCAUUAAUCAAAUCAGAAGAAGGCUCAUCAUUUCGUUAAUUUUUCUUUGCAACCAGUGGAGUCACCCCCUGCUGGCAACUAGAAAGAGUGCAGGCAUUAUUGUUGAAUUGUGCGCCCUUAUAUGAAGGCUUUGGUCUCUAAAGCAGGUGGCCUGGGUUCGAUUUCAAUCAGAAGGCCUUCACUGCGUGUCACUCCUCACUCUAUUACCCCGUUUCCCAAUUUAUCCAGGAUCCUGUCUUGUUAUUAAAUGCAAAAUUACCUAAAAUAUCUUUUUAAAAACCAGAAAAGAAAGAUAAAGUCAUCCUGAAGGUGUAAUGCUGCACGUCAGGUGAUCCCAUACAGUUGGUGUAUUUCAGUCUUUGCCAAAGUGUUGGACUGCGUAUCUCAAACCCUUAAUCCAGAGUAGUUUUUGUUCAGAUUUUGUUGACAUUUUUGAUAAAACUAGAGACAAUCUCAUCUCCAUGUCUCUCCUGGUUCUCCGCAGAGUGUUGGAGCAUUCAGACACAAACCGAAUGACCACCCAGAACAUCGGCAUCGUGUUCGGGCCGACCCUGAUGCGCCCUGAGCGGGACAAUGGCAACAUGGCGGUGAAUAUGGUUUACCAGAACCAAGCAGUGGAGCUCAUCCUCAGCGAGUUUGACCACAUCUUUGGAAAAAGAGGCCCCUCUUGAUCUCCUGAGACCGAGACAUCUUCAGAAAAAGCUCCUCACAUCAGACGAAAGCACGAGUAGUGCAGGCGUUUGUCCUCUCUGCCUGUUGACUCAUGUGGUGUAAAAAAGGAUUUCACAUCAAAAAGGUAAUUAUGGGAAAAAAAAAGAACAAGGACAGAAAGCUGCUAAUCACGACAUCUGGCCUCCAUAUAAAGCCACGUUAAAACAAUAAUAGUUCAACAAACCAAUUUUAGCUGUGAUACUUUUGACUUCAGAUGUGGAGUCCCGGUGUUCUUCUCUGCUGGAACAGACGCUCCUUGUCACUUUUCCCUUGAUGUUUCCGACUUGAUCAGGAUUUUAAAAAAGCCAUAAAAGUGAAAAAUCUCCUCCAGCUGGUCCAGCUUGCAGAGUAUUGAUCACUUAUUUAUCAAGAACUAUGAGAACGGACAUGCUUCCCUGCAUAGCACGUAAACAAAACUAAGCAGAACCAUCUCACUGUGAAAACACAAGCACCAGCACCUCAUGCAGCACGGACUGAGGACUGAUCUCACCUGCAGCGUGGACUUCUUGUAAAAUAUGCAAACAAGCAGGAAGAAAGCUGGGCGUGUGUACAUGUCUGCUGAAGUGAACAGAGGUUUAAAGUGAGAAAAAAAGGAGGUGUAAGUGACGGGGUGAAUUGUUUAUCUGUGUACCAAAUCAUUCCUGUUUAGUGCGUGAACCCUCAGAGCUUUACCAUAAUGUACAAAACUGGAUUCAUCUUCUAUUUUUAUUAGUGCGAACUCCUGCGACUAAGUUAAAAUGCUGUAAAUAUGUGAAAUGGUGUCAGCGUAGCACUUUGCAUAUAUAAUGUGUAACCUAAACAUGACAAAUAUUAGCCAAAUUCAAACUGCUACAUUCACUUUAAAAAUGAAAAGUAUGUCGUUUAAGAUUUAAAAAUAAAUAAAAAAACGCCUGGACCUGAUUGUAAACUCUCCUGCAAUAAAAAUAAAAAAAAACACAAAAGUUGAACAAUCUGA